GUCGACGCUGGUGGUGACGAGCUGCUCCACUCCACUCCUCCUAUCUCACCUUUUCCUCCCCACUCUUCUCCAACUCUCUCAUCAGGACCACGGAGAUGUAAACACGGAUACAAACAAGGCUGAGGAACUUUUAUUCAGCAGCCUGUCUGACACUUUGGUCCUGGGUUUGAGUAGCCAAGGCGUUUAGUAGCAAUAAAAGCAGAGAGGGAAGAGAGAGGGCGCGUUAGUUUAGUGGGUGAGUGUGUUUUUUUCUUUUCUUUUUUUCUUUACAAAGCGCCAAAAACAACUCAGUAGUCCUUUUUAUUGUGUUUCCCAUAUGUCGCGAAAGCAGGUCGACCAUGACUACAAUCUCCGUAGUAUGAGCAACCUGAUGGGCGAGCGGUGGAAGAAAGUGAACGAUGGUGGAGAGCGGAGUCUCAUCAAAGCUCCGUCCAACGCCAGCGUCAACAGCCAGGGCGCCUCCACCACCGCCGCGGCGGGGGCUUCCGCCGCCAGCGCUCCGCCGGCACCCCCUACCAACACCGGGGACCUGGAGAGGGCUGCGCGCAAACAGUUCCAGCAAGAUGUCACACCCGGUUUCGUCUACGUCCUCGCCGCCUUCUCCGCUCUGGGAGGGUUCCUGUUCGGCUACGACACCGGGGUGAUCUCCGGGGCGAUGCUUCUGCUCAAGAGGGAGCUGGACCUGAGCGCACUGUGGCAGGAGGUGCUCAUAUCAAGUACUGUGGCCGCGGCCGCCCUCUCAGCCCUAGUGGGUGGUUUCCUCAACGGGCUGUUCGGGCGGAGGGUGUGCAUACUGUUGGCCAGCUUCUUCUUCACCGUCGGGGGGAUCGUGCUGAGCUCUGCGCCCAGCAAGGAGGUGCUCUUGGCGGGGAGGCUCAUAGUCGGAGUUGGGCUGGGUAAGAAAUGUGUUGAGAAUGCCAUCCAACAUUAAGAGAAUCAUCUAUCCUCUUUCUUUUAAACAUGCUUCUCUUACCAUCAUUGCUCUUAAAACUUGGUUCAGCUCCAAACUUAAAUAACCAACACAAGUUUUCAUUUUGGAAAUAAUCUCACCUCUUUAGUAGACCACAUUCCCUUUUUUUGUGUGUUUGCACAUUAUCAUCACAAUUAGAGCUGCCCUCUAUCCCUUAUUAAAUGGGUUUGCUUGUUGCUGCCACUGUCUCACGCUGUCUUUUCCAAUCCCUGCUUCAAACCUGCUAUUUGCAAUUACACACAGCUUCUAAUCACAGUGUGUCCACUGUUUAAACUUACAUUAGUGUUGUGUCAUUCGCAAACGAUUCGUGCGAAAGAACCAAAUCUUUUAAGUGAACGUACUGAACUGAAACGCUUCCUCAAUUAAUUGGUUCGUUUCUCACUUGAGUUGAGCUGUCAGAAGCGCAGCUGCUAUAGCACGCAGCAUUGCCAGGCGAACGAGGGGCUGCGUGCACCAACGCCUGAAUCACGUAAUCAUGUAAAUGAAUCACGCAUGGAACUACACUCUCUGGAAUCAUUUUUGUCUGACAAAACUACCUUUUUUUUUUUUCUGCUUGCAACUUGCAUACAAUAGGACACAGCAUGUAAAAAGUAGUGCAUAAAACCUGCAGCAUCCUAUCAUUGCAGUGUUUGGGAGUGAACGGUGCAUGUUCAGUGUGAAUUUCUCUAAACGUUCAGUGAACGAAUCACUCACUGAGCCCGAUUUACCGAGCAGACCUGAUAAUUAGCAUACCAUAGGACAGUACACUUAAAUAUCAUGACUUAUAACCAAGUUCAUUUUUACAAACCUGUUUGUCAAAGCAACACAGCCAAACACUCUUGUCUCCGUUCAGUUGUGUAUCAGUUCAGGAGGUCGGAGUCGGAGGCUUCUCCCAACAAGCGCAACAUGAUUCGGUGAUUUGGUGAACGAAUCUUUUGAACGAAUCAUUUAAGUGAACUGAUUCUAGCGAUUCAGUACAUCUAAGAGAACUGCUGUUCCCAUCACUAACUUACAUGCCUGCUGUUGCAAAGCUUUAUUAUUAUCAAUGGGGAUAUCAUUCACUUUAUUCACAUAAACCAUAGAACAGAUAGAAAGACGAAGGAAACUUUUAGUGUCACUUUUAUAAACACUGAUGUCGAGGGUUGCAAAGGGGCAGAAAAUUUCCAGUAAAUUUCCAGAAACUUUCCAUUGGAAGUUAAGCUGCUGGGGAAUUUUGGAAAUCCUCCAAAUUGGAAACUGUAGAAUAAAAUAACAAAAAAGCUUGUAAAAACACUAAUGCGAUGGCAUGAACAGAAAUAUAGUCGGCUAAACAACUGGAAUGGUCUUCAAAAUAUUUGACAAUUGAAGUAUAAAUUAUUGUACGGUUACAGAAAACUGUCUCGCAGGAGUGAGAAGAAACAGCAUCACAUUUGAGGUAGCUACCACCACCAUAAUAACCUAGCCCCUUAAAUAGUCGAUUUCCGACUUUGAAAACUCCCAGAAUUUUGCAACCCAACUGAUGUCUCAUUGGCUUUCCUUCUUUCUGCUUCCUCCUCUUCUCUACUAUUUCCUUUCCUCUCUCGAAUCCUGCCUCUUUGUGGCUGCUCCUUCCUUCCUCCGCACUCUGCAUGCUUUUACAUGCGACACUCCUUUUUGAUCAGAACUCAGUGUACCCCAAAUCAUUUACGCGGGCUGCUGUUAGUACAUGACUCACAUCCUUUGAGGCUUUCCGGGCUAAGUGCCACGCUGAUGGCACACGUCUGCUGCAUCCUUUUGAGGAUAGUAAGAGCUCAGAGCGGCGAUACCUGGAGGAAUCGCGAGCCAUUUGCUUACCACUGGGAUGGGAGUGAAAGCCCGGUUCUUAGAUAAAAAGUACUCCACGUUUACUUUAGAUCAAAGCUGUUAAAUACAGAUAUUUGGAUCUAUUCAGGAUCAGACAUCUUUACAAAUACUGAUGGUUUUGAUGUAAGUUAGUGAGUCAAACUUUGAUAAUUUGGCAUGCUGAUAAAUGAUAAAAAAACCCACUUUCAAAACUUUUCUCCCCACUCUUGUCACUGGUAUAUAAGGUUAUGUUAAGGUCUUGAGAUUGUACCAAAAGUCACUGUAGAAACUGCAGAAUCAACUUGUUGCCCACCCUAUAAAACAUUAACGCUUAAUAAGGUCAACAAUAACAGAAGAUUUCUAAUUGUGGUUGUAAUCCCUCUCAUACACUCUUCCCUUUCACUCAAGCGUGCAGACAGGCCCUCACAGAUAAUGAAACACAUUGCGGUACUAACUGUACCAGACACUAAUGAGGCAACAUUUUUCAUCGCAUGCAAUUAUUCCAGACGUGCCGCAUGCACACUCCCAUUAUCAUGACCGACCUCUCUCUCUCUCCGCAGAGCCAAGUCACUUAGCAUUUCUGACCUGAACUUGCCUUGAAGGUUAUCAGUGGCUAUUUGUCAAACCAGAGAAAGGCCAUCCACCACCACCAAGUCCAGCCGGCCUGUAUUUCUGUCCAAGAAGCCUGUGGUUUGUCUGCUCCUGCCUGGUUAUUGUUGAUCUGACCUUUGGCUGAGCACAGGCCCUGUUGUGAGGUACCAGCCAUGGCUUGUCUGGGCAAACAGACAGUAUUGAACCAGGUCUGAAAAGGGUUUAUGGCCUAAUUUCUUUACUUCAUUUGUUUAAAGACAUUUAUGAAAGAGACACAAAUUCAUAUUGAUGCUUUUUUAUGGUAUCCCAAAGCAGACAAGACCACGGCCAAGUAGCUGGGUACCUAAAACUGCUGAUCCUUAAUAGUGAUGGCUAGGGGUGUCCAGAUACAACUUUUUUACCUCUGAUACGAUACUGAUAUUGUAGUCUUCAGUAUUGGUUGACACGGAUAUUGAUCCGAUAUUGGCACAAACUUGUGCAUGACAAGUUUUGCACUCACUCACUGCACAAUGCAGUGUCGAAAUGACAUCUAUUUAAAGUAUUUUUUCGACGAUAAGGUACAAAUGUGGACGUCAUUUCAACGUCUUUAAAGAGGUCCAAUAAUGACGUCUAAAUCUUGGAUCCAUUUUGCACAUUGUGCCAAUGUCUAGAUUUGGUCUACAGAUGACGUCCAAAUUCUAAACGUGAGAGCGACGUCUAAAAAAAGGUCCAAUUUGGACGUUGAAAGUUCUAACCUAUUUUGCACGUCGCACUGAUGUCUAGAUGUGGUCUUUGACGGAUAACUGAUGUUGCUUUUCUUUUUGGCAACAAGUCUUCAUUUUCAGUGGUUUCCUCUUGUUCGUUGCUCAUUUUGCAAUCGUUGUUGUAACCGCAAAACACACACUGCUUAUCGUAAAGAUACGAUUUUAAACCCAUACAAUUCUUAUUUGUGGGGCUGAACAGUGAUGAGUUAUGUUCCCAAAGUAAUUCUCGGCAGGCAUGGGUUUCUGGGCACAAUGCCGGAGGCGCCAGCCACUCACUCCAUGUGCAGGGGCGUGGUUUCCUCCUCUGAUUUUGAUUGCCAACUGAGUAAAGAAGGAAUGUGAUUGGUGGAUCACUGCACAGCACAUGCAGAGUCACAUGUAGUGUAUCUCAGUCAGCUACCCUGAAAUUAGAUGAGUUCAUUUGCCUCGGACAUCGCAGGCUCUGCAGUGUGACUAUCGCGCACACAUACAUCACAAUGACGAUGCUCAAACGAUAUAUCGUGCAGCUCUCAUCAAUAUCGUGUCAGGCCAGCUCUAGUGAUGGCGUCUUACCAUCAAUGUAUAAAUAUGAUGUGGUCUCGUGACUGUGUAGGAGUACAUUUCCCACGUCUUACUGUGAUUCUUUGCUGUUUUGACUCAUUUUUAUUACGGUUUGAAGAGUUUUGAGUUGAUUUGUUCAGCUAAUUAAACCUCCCAGUGGUGCUUGUGGCAUAAUUGAUCUUUGAAAGUUUCAUGAUAAUUAGAUAAAAGCAGUGGAGUAGACAUUCAGGUACAGCUCGUCAGGGUUGGCAGUGCAACUCUUGGCAGUACUUUGGAGGGGAAAUUAGUAUUUUGAUUGAAAGGGUUGACUCGAACGAUGAGUGUUUUUUCUUAGAAAUAAUCUGACCUGUGCCUUCAGCAAGUGUUACUUAUUAUUUACUCACAUAUCUACCCUCACAGUUGGAGUAUAAUCAGGUUUUCUGGAUUGGUAAUUGAGCUGUGGCGAGUUUUGAUUUGUUCUGUCCUUGGAUACAGUAGAUGAAGGCACUGUGUAAAAAUAGUGAAGCUAAUUACAUUUUAAUAACAUUUAAUUAUACCUGGAGGCUUCGUGAUUAAACUGUUGGUUUGUAUGAUUAAGUUGCAUUUGUAGAUGAAAAGUGAAGCGUAUUUUUGUGCGGAUUUAACCGUUUGGAAAACAAGCAACAGCUUUAUCACAGGAAGUCCUCUUUUUCUCACCCUGUGUCAUCAGCGGUCCUCCAUUAGCCUCUAAUUCGCCUCCUCCAUCACAACCAUCGACUCUGUUCCUUGACUUCAUCACAGUGAUGGAGGGUCUUGUGAAGUAUCUCCCUCAUACUCUGAUUGAGUUAGCCAGCGCUGAGCUUUGAGUGCCUCCAGGCCGCCUUCAUAAGACCAGACGUAUUCUUUGUUCAAGUGGUCAGAGCCUGACUUUAGAGAGUGUGUGUUUCUGUGUGUGUGUUUCUGUGUGUGUUUAGUGUGUGUUUGAUGGAGGGAGUGCUGGGAACUGUCCCUGGUGCUGAAAGAAGGAGAGCUCAUUAACAAGAAAGGGAAAACCACAUCUGUGUUUGUAAAGGAUUCUUGCUUAAGUUGGUAAGUAAGCAGGUAAUUUCAUCUGUUUUAAGUUAGGUUUAAGAGAAAUAUGAUUAUACAGAGUAGAGCCAUUUGUAUUAGAGGAUUUAUCUGAGCUGUAGAUAUGUCUCUUUUACAGCUAAACAGAUGAGAGUAAUUCUGUUUCAUCUUGUCUCAAAUUUCUCAGCUGAGUUUAGUCCAGCACUUAAAUAAGUUAAAGUAAAAUUCUGAUUCAUUCAAACCUGCCUUUUAUUCUCUAAUUCUUGGCUUUUCAGGUCAUGAGUUUGUACUUUUUGCUUUUGUUGAAAGGAUCCAGAAGAAAUUCCAAAUAACUUUUUUAAAUAUAUUUUAGUUCUUCAAAUUUUUUGUUUUUUACAGUUUUAACAUUUUUGUCCUGUUGAAAGUAAACACAGUCUUCUUAAGUAAUCAUUUCUUUUUAUACAGACGAUACUUGAACAGAUGCAGAAAGAGAGGGGAUUCAUAAAGGAAGAUGAUUAACCUAACCCUAACCCUAAUCCUAAUCCCAGUCCUCAGCAAAGUCACUAUUGUUAACGAAAACUAAUGAAAUGACGAAAACUAGAAUUGAAAAAACACAAAUAAAUAAAAACUAUAAUUAAAAGAAAAAAAAACAAUAACUAACUGAAACUGUAUAAUGUGUUUACAAAACUAACUAAAAUGUAUUGAAAUUAUAGACUGUGUGAGUGAGGCGUACAAAGAUUGCGUAGCUAACCCGGGGAUACACUGUUUGAGUUGAGCGUCAUCACAGUGACUCUCGGCGACUCUCCCAGCGAGUUACUACACAAGUGGUGGUUCCAAGAAGUGGAGAAAAUCCUGAAAAUACAGAGAGCAGUUCGGCUUCAAAAUUGUAUAAUGACAGAAGGCGGAGCCAAAUUGUUGUCCAUGAAAAAUAGUGAAACUGUUUAAAGUAUUUAAAGAAUUAGCUAAUAAACAAUAAAUCCACUUUAGCUGAUGCAAAACUGACUGAGCAGAAAGACCGUGGAGACUUUCAGCCAAUACAGAAGUAAUAUCCAAGAGCCAAUAUAUUGAUGCAACAGUGUCGAGUACUAACCUCUCCAUUGACAUGCUGUAGUAUUAGCGUCAGCGAACCCAGACACAUUUACCUCCUGCACCAUAAUGGGAAAUGAAAUGAUCCAUUACUCAAGAGCCUUCACGUGCCGCUGUUCUAACCACCUCCAUGCAUUACCAUCAACCUCCUGUGCAUGACUGUGAACACUUUAUUUCUCUGCUCAUGAGUUUGUCUGAGUCCCCCUAUUGUGUUGUUUAUGCAACGUUUAUAAGUGUAUUUAUAAGUUUGUGUGGAUUUGCAGCGUCUCACUCGCAGCAUGUGUGAUUUGGAAAGAGACAAGCUGCUGAUACAUAUGGUUAAGAUGCAAACAACAGGAGUGUGGUGGGCUGCAUGAAGGGAAUACAUAUAGAGGCAUUGCAGAUUUUUGUUUGGGUUAAGUGUGCUUUAAUCUGUGCAUAUGUCCGCUUCAUCCGAGCACGCAAACAGAGAGACGGUGGAACAGAUUUCACGGCUUUUGAUGUUUGCUGUCUUGAAAUCAUCAGUCCCUUUUUCUUCUCUAUAGGAAAGUCUUGAUGUAAGAGCUAUCAGAGAGACAGUGCAACAAAGUCUCAGUUCUAGAGCCACUUGACCCAGAUCAGCAUAUUCUAAUAAGUAUUUACCAGCGUCUCUAUUCAAGGUCAUGUUUUGUAUCUGAUGUGAGCUGCCUGUGUGAGUUUACCUCAGGACCACCUGUUUUUACCAUAGACUGUAUAUACUAUGGACAACUUGGCUCCACUUGUGUCAUUAUAUGAAUUUGAAGCUGAAAAGCUCUCAGUAUUUCCGGGAUUUUUUCAACUUCCUGGAACCACCACUUGGGCAGUAGCGUUGUACGCAUUUGGCGGGAGAGUCGCUGUGAUGCUACGCAAUCUUUGUACGCCCAUAGGCUGUAUCAAGUGUCAAUCAUAGCAAACAUAAACCCCCUGAUAACUUUUAGAAAUGGAGCCGUACAGAAAAAAAGAGGACUUGGGCACAAACCAGUCUUACUGUAACUACAUGUCAACAUCACAACCGAGGGAGUGAAAAAUUUAUAUUCUGUGUUAUAAAUUUCUAAAGUUUGUCCACAGCUUCAUAGAGAUUGCUGGAAGAGGCGGGAUUUAUGACCUAUACUGCAGCCCAUCACCAGAGGGUGCUGUUCUCGGGGUGGCUUCACUCUGCAAGGAGGCAGACGGCGUGCAUUCUAUAUACAGUCUAUGGUUUUUGCCCUUUACAUAAUAUUUAAUCAAACUUUAUUAUCUGGUCACAUGCCAGUGCAGCAGUGACAGAUGGCUGCAGAUGAGUCUGGUUCUGCUCAAGGUUUCUGCCUGUUAAAGGAAGUUUUUCCACUUUUUUUCCCAAACUUUGUGCAUGCCUGUUCUUUUGUAAACCCAGAUUGUUACAGGACUUUCAGAUUCAGAUUCAGACAACUUUAUUAAUCCCUAAAGGGCACUUCAUCUCACAGUAACCCACCUUGUUAUGAAACGAUCAGGAACAGAGAAAUGUCAGACAUCCACUGCAGCAUAAGGCCCAAACAUUCCCCUUGUCAGCACCGCAAUCAGCAAUAAAUAAACAGAUGGAUAAUAAAUACAUGUGCAAUACGUUCAACAGUGAAACGACUAAAAUGCAAUAAGAAAUAAUGCCAUAAAAGACGUAAAAUAAGAACUAAAACAAUCCUGAGACCCCACUUUCAACACAGGCCACCAAUCAGCUUCUGAUCGCUGAUCCAGAGACUUCUUGAACUCUCUUCAAAGUUUAGCUGUUUAUGCUUCUGAGGUUCAGAGCAGACCGCUAACAUCUCAGCUGAGUGAAUAAUUUGAACAUCCAGAAAAAGUCUGACUUGACUAAACAAAGUCACAAAGGCUUAGUUUCUUCGUGUUUAUCGUUUCGCAGCAUCCAUCGAAAGCUCGUGGAAUGGGAUGAUUUCAUUAAGCGUCAUUUUCUUCAGCAGAUAGGCUUCAUGCCAAGAGCCGUAGAUUAGAUUAUAGCCAUGAUCUGGAUCUUGGAUUUCCGUUGUUAGAUGAUUACCCUUUUUUUUAAGCCGUAGCCAAGAUAAAGCUUUGAGUUGAAAUCCUUGGGGUGUGUUUGUACGGACAAGAAAUCAAUUCAAAUCAAGAAGAGGCAGCCUCGCCAGUCUUUGAGGACCUCUCCUCUGAUCAUCGAACAGGACGAGACUUAAAAACAGCAAAACCCAAAACGGAUAAAAGCGUGGGGACUCCUUUAAGAAAUGUGAAUCUGCUUUAAAAUGGUAAUGACGGGGGGGAUUUCCUUCGUAAUAAAAGCUCCGCUCUCCUCCGUCUCACAAAGUAAACGAAAAAGAACAUGCCCUCGGUUAUUGAUUUACCUUCCUGGAGCUGCCACAGUGUGGUGCCUGCUGGGAGACAGCGUGGCUAGUUUCCCAGCAAGUGGUUACCAUAGGAACAGGUAGCCACGUAGUCAUGGCGGCCAUUGAGGGCAGGAUGUGUGGCAGUAGGGGAGGGGUGUAGAGAGAGCGGUAUCGGACUAUUAAUAGAGCAUAUCAGAAGCCAGCUGCAGAAAGCAGAGGUCUCAUGGCACCUCAUCAGAUACAUCCUGGAAAAGCACUCACUGUUUGUUCUUUGUGUGUGUGUGUGUGUGUGAGAGUCAUGUGACUGUGUGUGUGUGUGUGUGCAUUUUUGGAUGUAUGUGCAGAGCCAAUUUCUUAGCUGUGCCACAUAUUAGUUUGUGUCCCACAUUCGGAGGCACUUUGGUGUCACUGUUACCGGUUUUAGAGUGAAACGCUGAAGUCGUUUUUUAGAAACAUUUAAUGAUAGAAAUUAGAGAUAAAUUAGGAAAGUGGUAUACUCUGAAUUAAUGACCAAAAAUCUUUGUUUUUUUGUGAUUUUAAAGACAUUAUCUGAAGGUACAUGUUUGAAAAUGUAGUAAUUCUAAACAAAUCAGCAUAACAGGAGAAGAGAGAGUAAUUUUGUGCGCUUGUCAAAAUACAGAUUUCACAAACUCUAGUAGUCAUGAUGAGUUCUUGUCUGUUUAGUUUUCCCUUGUUUUGUGUUUUCAUUCUUGGGGGUCAAGUCCAGCUCACUUCCAGUGUUUUCCCUCUUUUUUUAGUUAUAUUCAGACCUAUGUAUGUCUGGUGUCCCAGUUUGUACGAAGCCUCUGUAUUUCCCUUCUUCUGAAUCAGUUCACUGUGUCCGCUCCUCUUUGUUCCACUUUUCUCCUUUUGUUCUUCUCUUUGAUUCCUCCUCUUGCUUCCUCCUGUUUUUUGAUUGUUUUUCAGACUUUGUUUGAGUGAGUUUAGUCGGUCUUUUACCUUUUGAUUAUUAAAUUCCUUCUGUUUGAUCUGCACUCUGGCUCCUUUUCUUUGUUUGAGUAUUUGAUCGGUGACAACAGUGGUGGUGAACUUUGGUAUUUUUCAACCUGGGCCUUAUUUUCUCAUGUUUUUUUGUUUGCGCUUGACUGACGAGGAGAAUAAUUGCUGAAAUUAGUCCAGCAUCGUCAAACUGCGUCCACUACAAGAGCUGUAUUUCACCACUGACAGGCUAAGAUUGUUUUCGCAGUCUCAAAAACAGAUUGGCGAGGUUUUCCUUUGCUUUCAUUUGUCUCGUUUGUGCAAAACCAAAUCUCGUAGGUGGAAAAGUGUUGUUCUAUCGUCUCGCAAGAAGACAUCGAUGGUUAUCUUUGAGUUUGAACGAAUGUGAUAAUUCAUGUUUUUAAAUAAACAGUGACUUCCUGAGUAAAUUACAGUAAAAUUCUGCUUUUUUAAAAGUAAAUAAAAGGUGCCACUAUCAAAACCGGAGAUCUUCCACUAAUGCUGCAUCUCUCCGUCUUUUCUUGCUGUGUAGGUAUCGCCUCCAUGACGGUGCCGGUGUACAUCGCUGAGGCUUCCCCUCCUCACCUCAGGGGUCAGCUGGUUACAGUCAACACCCUCUUCAUCACCGGUGGACAGUUCACCGCCAGCCUCAUCGACGGCGCCUUCAGUUACAUGCAGCGAGACGGUUGGAGGUCAGACUCAGAGGCAAACACACAAACACGACCGCGAACGUGCCAAGAAUACUGUCCCUCUGGAAACGGUAUCACGUGUAUCUGGACGAACCGAUGCUGUAGAUUCGACUUUUUUCUAAGGCUGCAGGGCCCCCGCUGUGUGUUUGAUGGAUGGUCGUGUAUUAGAUACGAUAAGAGCGGACUUUCUUUGGCUUCUUAUCAUAUCAAAUGCCAGAAAAAGUCAGGCUGGCUCAGACCCUUAGUUAAAAUGUCAACACAUGCACAGGUCAAUCCUUAGCAUUUGCAGUGGCUGAACAUAUGAGACAUGCACUCUGUCCGUCUGCCUGCCUGUCUGUCUGUCUGUCUUCUUCCUUAUUUGUGACCCUCUUCGUUAUUCCCGUCUUUAUUGGCAGCUGUUCUUUCCUGCUGUCACACUGAUAUCAGGUUUGCACAGUCUAGGUUGUUUGAAUGUCGAGCUGCAAGACGAUGUCGAUUAGAUUCUCCCCCGUUUGCAGGGAUUUGCUUCGACUACGCCUCUAAUGGAGAUAGUGAAAAUUGUUUCCAAGCCCUCAGAUUGAUAUGAUUCAUGCAUGAUAAUGGAUUUUCAGAGACAUUUAUUGAGUUUAGCAUUUGAAUGUUGCCUGAUUGACGUCUUUUGCCUGUGUGGCGAGAGAAAAGCUUUGCAGAUGUCUGCGUGUUCACUUCACUGAGAUUUUAUGGAUUUCUUUUUCUGCUCUCUGGGGGAAAAACGGCAACCUGCUGUUCUUCCUCUUUUAUUACUUCUAAUACCAACAUUCAGUCAUAAUUACAGUUUUUUUCUCUGUCUUCCAGCUCUUUUCUUACUUGUGUUCACACCUGAUUACGUUUUAGAUCUGCAGAGCCACCCUUUCAUAGAAAUAUCUUAAUCCUUCAGUUGUGAAGAGAUGGCUAUUUUUACUCCCAACAGGACAUUUAAGUGACGCACUGCUGUUAGGGUUGAGGAAUUAAUUGUAUUGUGUUUUUUUAAUUUCAAACACCUCCUGAUUACGUCUUCCUUUUGUACAACAAAGUCAUUCUCGUGCAGGAAAAUAAGGCAAGUUGAGUUUAUCUGUAAAGCACCAUUCAUACACAAGGCAAGUCAAAGUGCUUUAUGGAUGCAAGGACAAUACAUACAAAUAAGGGCAUUAAAAACAAUUUAAAAUCUAUAAGAAAAAUUAGAAUAAUUUUUUUCGUUUGUUCUGUUUGCCCUGAUUAUUUAUGAAAACCACCGUUUCCCAGAAAAACAAAAUAAGUCAUGAGCUUUCAGACCCGAUGCUCCCCAGAUUGUACUUAGUUUUCUCUUCGUCUUUCUCAGACGGUAUUAGUUGUACUAGUUUUCUCAUAUCUGCUUUCUCUGGGGGGGAUCCUGGAUCUCUGUGGAGAACAGAUCUGCAGAACUUGGUCUAACACCGCUACCAAACUUGGACAUUUUCGCAGAGUAUUCUUUCAGAUUCAAUUCUUAAGUCAAAUGAAUAAUCUGUUGUUAAUCCAGGCCUGCGUGCUCCGUGCUAAUGUUAAAAUAGCAACCUGAGAAACACUAGAGCGUCAAACACAUAUGGUAUUUUAACCCUCACUUAAAAUCACUCUUUAAUCUAGGGCUGGGCGAUAUGGGAAAAAGUUUAUCAGGAUGUGUUUGUUUCAUAUCAGUCGAUAUCGAUAUGUAUCACAAUAAAAAAAAUCAAUUGUCAAUCUUAAAUGUUCCCUGUAGCUAUUGCAUCUGUGAGGUCUUUGUGUCUCUUCGACGUUUUGUCAUAAGGCGUUGCACUCGAGAAGCGGACUGAAUUGUCGUUUCAGCGUGGCGUGGACCCGGAGCAACUCCCCUUUUCAUUGGCUAUUCUUACAAUCUACCAAAACAUGGCAGAAUGCCGGCAAUCAAAAAGCAUAUUGACCAUGUUUUACAUCGAUAUCGAGGGAAAUUUUUGAUUUUAUGUUUUAUCACCCAGCCCUACUUUGAGCUAUUGGCAAUCUAUAUAAAACUAAUCCAGACUUAGGUCCCCUUCUUCAUUGACAUUGUCUUGCAAGCUAACAAACGAAAAUCCCUUUUCUUCUUAGAACUUUAUUCUUUCUUCUCCUAUCAUGUUUUCUGCACACGUCCUUUGUGGUUGCUCUUUUCAGUGUCUCUCAUCCUUCUGUUUUCAGGUACAUGUUGGGUCUGUCCGUGCUCCCCGCCGUGCUUCAGUUCGUUGGGUUCCUUUUCCUGCCGGAGAGUCCUCGCUGGCUGAUCCAGUGCGGGCUGACCCAGAAGGCCCGCCGUGUGCUCAGUCAGAUUCGAGGAAACCAGAACAUCGACGAGGAGUACGAUAGCAUCAAGAACAGCAUCGACGAGGAGGAAAGUGGAGGAGGUAAGGGUGGUGGGGAGGGGAAGGAAGUAAAAGAGCAACAACAUUCUUGUUCUUCUUCUUUAUCCAUGCAGUGGGUGGAUGUUUGCUUUCUGCACACAUCAGUUAAAGCUGCUCUAUAUCGUCUGCAUCAGUUAUUAGCUGCAUUUUUAUGUGCACUAGAUUCAACCAUGGCAAAUGAUUAUGCAUCAGGUUAUAAAUGUCUGCAUUUGGCAGCAGUAUAUAUGUUACGCCAAGAGUAUUUGGCUGUUUGAUAGUGUCAGAAAUAUCACAAAUAAGCAGCAAAGGUGAGGAAGAAUGAAACAUACAUUUUAUCUUUUUCUGGGAAAAAAUGGUAACUAUCUAAGUGUGUUGAACUUGGAUUUUAAGGGAGGAGGGAACAUAAAGGGAAUUAUAAUCAACCCUCGUCAGGACAGGAACAUUAGAAAAGCUCCCAGCUAAGUCACACACACCUUACAGAGUGAAGGUGGCAGCCUCAUUUUCAGUCACUUUGAUGUCCUCGUCACUGAGGCUGAUUAGACAGUUCAUGCUUCUCUCCAGCUGUGUGAUGAACUCCCUCUGUUUGCAGCAACAAUAAGUCAUUUGGAUGCCCUGUUGCUUUCCCUCGGAGCUCCAGGGGCGACAUUGGUGACCUGCCAAUCAAACAUAAUGUGGCAUGAAAUCCUGGAUUCGUUUUGAAUCUGUUAUUUGGAGCUUUUUGGGAAAUGUUUUUUAAUGCACAAGAUGACUUUACGGCUCAUAUGAUCAUUUAAAAAACAGCUGCAGCAAAAAACAUGUAAAGGACAUCGAGUCCUGUGCAAAACUAAGGUGAUUCAUUGAAGCUAUCUGCUCAAGACAGGCUACCUACUGUAGUGAAGCUUGUUUUUCAGUUGGUCAACUUGAUGGACUUCUGUUUCCUUUUAAAGUAUGGCUCUUCUCACCUCUACAUCAGGCUGUGUCAGCUGUGCUCGUCCAGCCGACAAGAAAGCUGAGCUUAAAAAUAAAGUUUAUCCACAGUCUACCAGCUCCAGGAGGCCGAAAAGCUUAUCAGCACUGACGUGUCUGAGCUUGAGUCAGUCGGUACGUUUACACACACAGCUUCAUCGGACUAAGCUCAUAAUUCGUUCUUUUCGCCGACUUGGACUUCUCUCCUUGUCAGCCUAGAUGCAGCUGAGAAAAUCGAAUAAUUGACUUGAAUGUGUCCCCCUCCCCAAAACUAGAGGGCGAUACAGGUCUUUUCAGCGGCGCUGUUUCUGGCUGACCUCAUAUAACUGUCAACAACAACAGCAGGUCCGUGCCAGAUGUCAGAAGUGUCUACAACUGCUGCUGGGCAUUUUGGAGCAAGAAGAUGGAGCAUCGUACAGAGUUGUUUUUGUCGGCGUGGCACACGCACACAUGCAUUGUCCGAUCAUACUCCGACUACGCUGGUUACAUGGUAGAGAAAAUCUAAUUCCAGUCAUGUUAUCUGGGUGUCUUAAUCGGAAAACUCUAAUCGGAGUCGGACUAAGGUGUUUACAUGCACUUUAGUUGUCCAGUCUUAAUCAGAGUAAGGCAAUAAUUUGGUUUUCAUGAGUGUCAUGGAAACGUGCUGAGUGACGCCUUGGUUCGUUGCCCUGUUUCUGCCGAUCAAGGCGCAGUCUCUUUGGACAAUCUGUUUUAAGUCCGCUCUAGCCUGCUUUUAUAAAAAUGCACAUAACUGGUUUAAGAGAUUCUGUAAAAACGGUUAAAUCAGAAUUUGUUGAGAUUAGAAAUGGUGUCCCCACAAGGCUCCGUCCAAGGUCCUGUUCUGUUUCGUCUUUUUAACACUGUUUCAGGUCGUAAAAUUCAACUUUAUGCAGAUGAUGUGAUUUUGUAUUGCACUGCUGUUUAUGUCUUAAGGGUUGCUUCUCUGACCAUAAAUUGGUCUUACAUGCAGAGAAACUUAAUUUAGAGCCAUAAUAGUUCUGACUUGUAAAUGAAGGCCUUGCUCUCAGUGAUUUUCAAGUUUCAGUGAAGAAUAAUGACGCUCAGAGGAAUGAUUCAUGGCCUGGAUGAUAACGGCUGCUUUACACACGUAUCAUUUCCGCUCUCAGCCGGUGAGUUAGAAGCAGACAGAAAUAUUUCCUUCGUCACGGUCAGUUAUUAUUCCCUGACCUUGAGUACAUGAUGGCUGCUGUCGAGAGGCUUAGCCAGGCUGAGCUGUUUUCAAGGAGGGUGUCAAAGUGAUAGCUGCAAACCUUCCAGCGUGUAUUUCUGUUGCUUCUACAACAAAAUAAGAAAAGCAGCGAGUGCAUGCUCGUGUGUUCCACAACCACAGUCUUGUAGGUGUUGGUGCGUAAAUGUCCAAUUUUAGCACAUUUAUACGCGUGUGUCCACAAAAACUAACACCCACUGAUACCUACCAAUAUACCGAGCCAACUAUUCACGCUUAUUCUAGGUCGAUUUUCUUUUUUGUUGAGCUCAUUGUUGGCGUCAGCUGUCAGUGAGCAGAGCCUGAUGGAAAAAUGGAGGGAAAGAAAGCAGAAGGAGGAGAAUUAGAUGACAAACAGGUGGUGACAAGUUGGAAAACUAAAAGAUUAGUGGAGAAGGGUUGGGCGAGAAAGAAGUAAGGGAAGGGAGCAGAGUCGAGGAGACGGGGAUCCUCCUGCAUCUAAUCAACCUUGACAGCAGAGAACACCAUGUCUCUGGAAGGAGUGACAUACAUAGCUCCUGUGGGACUGCGAUGAAGAAGAGGCUCAUUCUCACAUCCACUAACACACACAUGUAAUCACAAACUGGUGUGUAAAAACACAUCUUCAGCAGAUUGUUUGUGUCUCUAAUAUCCAGCUCCUCUUGCUGCUGUUGUCUGUUGUGUGUAACAGCAGGGAGGCUCCUCACACUACCUGCCUAUUAUUUUGUAGCCAGCGGGCAAUACUUCCUCUAUAUGUGAAAUAUGAGACUCAAUACAGAGACGAUGCUGCGGUUUGUUUUGGCACGAGAGUAAAUCAGGCUCAUAAUCAAAUCUUUACAGGUUCUAAUCCAAUGAGCUAGGGCUGCACGAUUAAUCGAUUUUAAAUCAUAAUUGGAUUAUUUAAUUAUGAUAGUGUUAAAAAAUUAAAAUCUUCAAAUCGAUUUUCCUCUCUAUCAUGGGUCGCGCCUCCAGGCCACCGUAGGCUCCCCCUUCCUCGCGAGAGCACACACCAGUGUAAACAAACAUGGCGUUUACAUAAAAAGGCGGUAAUUUUGUGGCUUAAUAGGGCGAGAGAGCAAGUCAGUUGUGUGGAAUUGGUACGGCUUUGCAGUUUUGGAUGAAGAGAAAACCACUCUCUGCAGCAAAGUCUGUCUUAAAGCGGUAUCAAUCCGUCCACACGGAAAUGAAUUCAGGAGUAAACGCAAAAGUUUUUUUUUGUCAUAUCGGCGUUUCAUCCACACGGAAACGGCGUCUCGAGUGGCUGUAAACGUUACUUUUGAAAACGGCUACGAGAAUGCAUAAAUCUCUGUGUGGAUGCCUAUCUGCAUCUUUCUCAAAACAAUCAUGUGACAUACAGAAUAACUCUUUUAUGGCACAAAACAACCUUUAUAAGCAUGCUCUGUACUCUUCUUUUGUCUUUUGUGCACUUCUUUGGCAGCGUUACAGCGCCACUUAUUGGCUUGGCAUAUGCGCUACAUCUUUUUCGGUGGUUUCUUUUUGAGAGAUGAUAAAAAAACGUAUUAUUUAAGUGAAGUUUGGUGAAUUUGUCACUGAAUAAAAAGUCGAAAAUUGGGUUUUCAGAAAUGAUGAAUGAAAACCCAAAUGAAAAAUACUAAUAAUUAUAAUGCGAACUCAACAUACCGAAAAUAAGUAGGAUGAAGCAUUAUGCUUUUUUUAAACCUACCCCUUCUCCUUUAUUCAAUAAACAGUCAGUCUACAGCAUAUUUACAUUAUAUUAACAAAAAAUAGAACAUGAAUAGAGUAAAUAAGUACAUUAAUCAUUUGUGAAAACACCCGGUAAGAACCAUAUUUUUCUACCGCUUUUUAAACUGAGUCAUGCUUGGACAACACUUGAGCUUCACACCUGAUCUAAUCCACAACCUUACUCCACAAACAGAAACACAAAAACUUUUGGUAACGCUUUCGUUUAUGGUACACUUAUUACCAGGUAAUUAACUGGUAAUUACCUAGUAACAACAUAAGAUUAUCUGGUAAUUACAUGAUAACUACUAAGUCAAUACUGUCUAGCUACCAGGUAGGUAACCUUCCAUCAUCAUACAAAUUUGAGGACGAAUUGCUCUGAUAUUUCCAGGAUUUUCCCCGCGUCCUGGAACCACCACUUGCGCAGUAGCAUUGUACGCAUUCGGAGGGUGAGUCGCUGUGAUAAUGCUCGGCUCAAACAGCGUAUCGCUAUGCAAUCUUCGCACGCCCAUAGGCUGUAUCAAGCGUCAAUCAUAGAAAAUAAGAACCCCAAAUAGCUUUUGAAAAUGGAGCUGCACAGAAAAAAGAAAAAUAAGAGAAACUAGACAGUAUUGACUUAGUAGUUAUCAUGUAAUUACCUCAUAAUUUCAUGUUGUUACCAGAUAAUUCCAUAUUGUGACUAUGUAAUUACCUGUUAAUUACCUGGUAAUAAGUGUACCAUAAAAGAAAGGGUUACCAAACUUGGUAAUGUUGUAUGUGCCCGCUUAUGCUUUAGGUUGAAGUCCCCCUUCUUUUGGAUAUGAUCAAGAUGGUGAUAAAAUGGAGUCUGUGGAGACCUCACAAAAGUCUAAAAAAGUCCUCAUUAUUCCCCUCAGAUAGUCCAGCAUUGUCAGCUUUCUGUCAAAGAUAUUGUUUCAGAGUUGUUACAAGCUUUCCUCUCCUGGUUCAUGACUCGGCUUCAGCUCUAAAAACCUUCCUUUACUCCCUCAGUUCAGUCCCUACACUACAGAGAUUGACAACAUUGACCUUUGCACAACUUGUAGAAAUAUUGCUAUCUGGAGUAAUGUCAAAUAAUUGCCCGAACACGUCAAGAUUGAAACGAAAACAUCCAGGAUGGCGAUUCAUUAAUCUGUGUAAGACUGCCUAUGCCUGUCAUGAGACUGGAUAGAUCAAGAAUUUUGCUAAAACACUCACACUUUUUCUACCGCACACAGCUGCAGAUUAAUUUUGUGUGAAUAAAAAUAAAAAUCUGGCUGGAGGAAAAUCUUUAAUUAAUACAUCUCCCUUGUUAUUCCCCGUCAAAAACAAAACCGCUGGCUAAAUAUCGCAGCUGUUGCUUCGGGUCUUCCUCUUUGAUUAGCGCUGAAGCGGUAGGACAGCUGCAGACGUCCUUCACUCAGGCCGUUUUGAAUAAAUUUGAACAGUUCCCAAAAGUUCCUCUGCUCCGAGCAUUAGUACAUUAAAGACUUUUGAUUAACCUCUUAAAGGUCCCCUAUAAUGGCAUUUUUCAUCAAGUUCAGAUCAAUCCCAGAGGUCCCACAAUAGUAAAUUUGAAGUUUGUUGUCUAAAACACCAGAUUAUUUGUGGAUAUCAGCCAGCCUGUACUCCCCUCUUUUUGAGCUCCACUGAGAACGGGCUGAUUCUGCGCCUGUACCUUUAAAUGAUAAUGAGCUGUGCGUAACCACGCCCCUCUCUGGAAGGGGCUGCGACUUUCGCUCCGAUACCAUGCGCUAAUGUUUACAGCCUUUGCAGUGUAAUGGUUCCAAGAAUCGCUGUGGUUCAGCCCUACCAAUCAGACCCAGAGGGAGAGGCUUCCGAAGAAAGUCAGAUUUUGCGGCUACAACAGGACGUUUCUGAAUGGUUGGUUACAAAUAUUAUGCAUCUUCAUAUUUGUCUUUUUACUUUGUUAGUGUGGUAUGUUAAAUUGCUAGGUCGGUUAGCUUCGAGGGGAGGCAUAUUAUUGGUAGAAAACCGCCCAAAAGUAGAUUUUUCAUAAUAGAGGACCUUUAACGAUCCAACUGGGUGUGGCAAAUGUGUUGCUAUGCAGGAUUCCUUUGAGACUCUGCAGCCUUGUUGUGUGUAUUUCCUAACUAAUGAGCCUCUAUGUCAAAAUAAUGGUUGAUGCAUGAUAAAGAAACUUGUUCACCCUACAUGGUGCACUGGAAUUUGUUUGUGCACACAGGUAGGAAACCUGACGUGGUGCGAAGCUGCAAAGGCGUGAACUUUCAACUGGAAUUAAAGAGGUCGUCAAAGAGGGUGUUUGUGUUUUUAUUUCCAGAUUUUUAAGUAGUAACAUAAUAUUUCAUGAUGGCUAGAAGAUUUAAUGGAGGUACUUUUAAAAAAAAGUGUCCCCAUCUGAACUUUUUCUACAGCUUCAUUUAAUCCGUCUCAUUAAAACUUCUUUGUUUUAAAGACUCGUCGUCUGUGAUUGUCCUCCUCGUCCCCCCAACCUCGGCCUCACUCACGACUCCUGUGAAGGAUGUAGAACUUAAUCCAGCGCCCUACGGUGUGUGUUUGAACGAGCGUGUACUUCUGAUUGUGCUCUCACCUGGAUAAACAAAGGCGCACCGCGGCUCUUCACCGACACGUCGGUUACCUUGGUAACCACACUUCUCUCAUCUCUGUUCCUCUCACCUCAGACUCGGCGGUGAUUAUCAUGUUUUUACCUCCCUUUACUCACAUAUCACAUCAGGAAUUUUCAAGUCUUGAGCACCCUGUGGUCAGUGAGCUGACAGUUAAACACGCUCAAGUGUUUUCAUGUUACGCUAAGUCGGCAUCCUUACCUAUUCAAGGGUCAUUUUAAAAGAAUACUACCAGGACAACUUGACCAAUAUCUGUUGUUAAGAAUAACUUGAUUAGAGUUUUAUUUAUGUGCUUCAAACAGCAGUCUGAUUUUAAAGUAAGUAUGCAGAAGCUGAGUACCGACUCAAAAGGUGUAACGAUGCGUCGUCAAUUAACCGCGGCUGCCAUCUUUUUUAUCCUGAAAGGUCAAGGACGGGGUUGGUCAAAGGGCGAGAGAAGUCUAUGACAAUGAAAACUGGGAUGUUAGGGCAUCAAUUUUGAUCAAGAAGUUAUAUUGGUGCGAAACUCUCCGACUUUAUGUUCCCUUUGUUUUUUUUUCGAGAAAUUUCACAGAGCGGUAUAUGGAGCACAUUGAUUUUUUUUCCAAGGCUGGAUAUAACUAUUCUUGUUUCAAGCAACACCAAGCAGACUGAGCUGUAACCUUACAAAGAAACAGAGCAUGAACAGGCAGGAGUGAUGGAGGCAGGAUGGAGCAACGAUCACUUCAGCAGAAAAUUAAUGACGUUUCUAUAACAGAGAGUUGCUGCUGUUGUUUCACGGUAAUUUACUGCAGUUAUAGUAUUCAGUUUAUUAUUUAUUUUGGUAUGAAACUGUCCACUCAUGCAAACGAAUCCUACAUGUGCAGUUAUCGUUCUUGUUUUGAUAGAAGUACACCAUUAGGUCAAUUUCAAACAGCCGCCAGAGCUGAUUCGCUAAGUUGGCCCUCCUCUGUCGCCAUCAUCAAUUAAGGACCGCGAUUGGGUCGGUACAUCUGCCGCCGAUGGGAAAACGUUUAGAAAGACAGCGGUACCAGACCCACCUGCUGCGAAAAUAAGCAGCCUCUGAAGACAAGAGUGGACUAAUUACUAUUAUUGAUGGCGUUUCCAUUUAACGCCUCGGUGAGCGUUUACAGGUGGAGAAUGUUUCAGGUCCAAAACAUCCAAACACCAUUUCUAACUGAGGCAGUUGGAAGCAUGGGAGCAGGAUGCAGAAGGAAAUUUUAAAGUCACUGCCUUUUUGCAACCUAUCAUACAACCACAUGGUGAAUGUAAAGGGAAUUUUUUUGUUCAGUUUUAGUGUCAGCAGCUCAGUUACAGGUGGGGUAGGCAGGAUUCCAUUAAAGAAGCAUCUUUGUUUGUGGUGCAUAUACAGAAAAGUUUUUAAUAUCAGUCAAUAGCUGUUAGUUAUUAAUGACAUGUUGGAAUAUCACAACAUUGCUGUGUUCUCUUAUGCCUGUGUGGUCAACAUUUUAAAAUGUUUGAGCUGUGCGCCCAUUGACUGUAAACAAAGCCAUUCUCCACAUCCCUGACCUGAUUGGUUGUGAGGCAGACGCUGCUCCCUUGUGUUGUGAGGCACGCUCCACGUUCUCAAAUGUUCAGGAGCCCAAACAAAGUUAGCGUGCUACAAUAUCGGACAGUAGAAACCAACCAGAAAGUACAGAAAACUGUCUGAAUCCUCCUUUGGCCACGACUGACGACACAAGCAAGAAAACGAAGUAAAUACUGGAGACUCUGGCGGAAUAAUAGCGCAUAAAUAGCGCAUAUCUGCCUGUCUUGAUCUUUUUUUUUUUCUAUCUCUCCAAUCUAACCUUUGUUUUCUUUUAUCUCCAAUCUUAUUUUAGCUUUGAAUGUAACUUUUAAUCUGUUAAAUGUCUUUUACGCUGUUUUUACUUUUUAAAUUGUGUUGAAUGUUUUGCCUGCUUGUUUCAUGUAAAGCACCUUGAAUUGCCCUGCUGCUGAAAUGUGCUAUACAAAUAAACUUGACUUGACUUGACUUGACUUAAAGAAGCCAGGUCAACAUCAGCAGAAACGAAGGGGGACGCUUUAGGAUCUUUCAGACCCUGUAACCUUUCCACUGGACAGGUAAACAGCUUUAACAUAGUAAGCCAAGUGUCUGUAACUUAAGUGUUUCUUGUCAAACGGGACCUGCUGCGUGUUGAAACGCUGCUAAACUGUUUUCCUCGGGUCCUGGACUACGUCACUUUAUCCUAGUUGUAGAAGUCCUGCAAACAUUGUGUUUGCUGGUAGUCUGUUGGCAUCUACAGUAGCACCAAUGCUUUUUACUUUCACCUUGACUGGGCCCCAUUUGUAAUUAUCUGAAGUAUUUAUCUGCAUUAUAUCUGAAUUUAAUUGAAACGUCACGAGCGAGCAGGAGCGUCUGUUUGUGGGCGGGGCUUACUGGAGCAGAGAGAGAGGGAAGAGGAGGAGCUGAGAGGAAAACUGGUUGGGAGGGGUAGAGUUUCCGUUCAAGAUUUCUCCCAAAAACUUGCACUUCCUCAGAUCCUGCCUACCCCACCUUUUAAAGAAAAAAAACUACUUAGUGCAGCUUUAGGAUCGAUGGAUCUCUGUUUCCUUUUAGAGAAAGUCUGUUUCAGUCUGCUCAUCCAGACUGAACAAAAUAAGCUUUUCAUUUAAAAAGAGGGAUGAGAGAAACUGUCCAGUGCCAAGUGCUUUUGACAUCCAACGCUCCACAAUCACAGCCUUACAUAAAAACGCCUCGCAGGCACAAACGGGCACGUCCAGUAAUUCAGAUGAAUGGGUAUAUUGUUCAGAAAUGAGUUUGGCUUUAUUUGAAGCUUUAAUAUCGGUGAGGCUGCAGCGUUGCGUGCACUCUCACAACAUCGGUUGAAGGACAUUGAGUUUGUUCCAUGAGGCUUUUUUUUUUCUGCCUGUUUUAUAUGGAUUUUAAAGAUAAUUGUUUCUCCCCGUGUUUGUGCGUGGUUUAAAGCAGUCUCCUCUUUAACCCGCUGUACUUUUCUGCUGUUCUGGCUCACGGCUUGUUUCAAACCAUCUGUUUCCACUUAAUUGAAUGGUACUGAGCGAGCUAUCAGGACCAAGCAUCACACGUUGUUGUUGUUCCUACACCACAAAUUUUUAAACGACUGUUUUAUUUUUGCUUACUUUUCGCAGUAAAUCGAAGCGUAAACACUUGAUGGAUGUCUGAGGAAGCUUUGUGAGAUUCCUCAGACAUCCAUUGCAGUCCGAAUACUCCCACUGAUCAUUAAUAAUUCAGAAUAUUUGAACAUUUCUUGAAACUCCACGGCUGCUCUGGGUCUGGUUAAGUCCAUGAGGAAAUUAUAAGAAGACCGAGGCGUCAGACUUAUGAAAGAGAGCGUCUAGAGUCACUAAACAGCCUCUUCAGUGUCUUAACCACGGCUGCAGGUACAGUGCAGAGUAUUUAGAAGUAUACAGCUGAACAUACUCAGUUGAAAUGGAAUAUAAUUGUUAAAAUGAUGCGUAAUCACCUCAAAUCAAUCUGUAUUUACACAGCGGAUCAUAUUUAUCAUGCCUCACAAUGGCUUUUGUCCUCAAACGCCGCCGGCAAUCACUAAAUAUUCCCACUUCUACGUACUGAACCUUUAAAAGUGAGUUAAUUGAGCUUGUUGACAGUGUAAAUAAACAUCUCCCAGUGUCAUUCAACACUAUCUCCAUGGCAUAGCUGGUGUGAGUCCCCUUAUGUGGUCAAUUAAACCGGUUUGCAGACCCCAGCUCUGCUCACAGCUCGAACAUGCGAGUUAAUUAAAUCUUUAACAUGCUGUCGGCAUUGUCUUCUCCCCUAAUCAACAUUUCAAUAAAUAUGCUUUCUGCUCCAGUGCCUUUUAUUCCCACUGCUUGUUCAACCUCUUGUCUUAUGAGUCAACAAACCAAACGGGCCGCCUGACAAUUAUGUUCACAUGGACGACUCGAACAAAUAUUUUGAUUCAAGACUAAUGAAAACGACAGAUUUCUGCUCUCGCUGUCAUCACUUUGAAGGCAGGGGUUGCAGGGCGGAGUGCAGUAAAUGAAACCAAAUACCCAAAUGGGAAAAUCCUGUGGAGGCUGCAUUAGCAGAAAACAAGAAACAAGGCGAGCUGCAUUCGAUGAAAGCAAAGAGGGGGAUAAGGGAAUUAUCUUUGUCUUUACUCCUGUAAUUGGUUUCUGCAUGGUACUGCUUAGUUUUAAUGAGGCUAAAACAACAAUAUGAAACAGAGUGAAUGCAGCUCCUCAUCCAUGCCAUCUUUUCUUCUGACUAUUCACCAGGCACAGGAUUUGUAAAUAACAGAACCAUAAAUAUCGACUUUAUGGUGUUUGGUUCUCGACGCAGGCAGCUGUGAACAUGUCUGUGCUGGCUAAGCGGAUGCUGCGCCCUGAAAUCUUCAUUUGAUAUCAGUGUUCAGAUAUUUACUUGAAUGCACAACAAACAGACGGCUCUGUCUUACUUGUAAAGUUGCCAGUUUGACUGUAAAUGUUUGCAGACUAGAAGACUAGAUACACCAGUGUGCUGCAGCAGCCCCCUAAACGAUGUGCCUACAUGGCAGCCAUCUUGGUGGGGGCAUCUUUGCAUGUUCAUUAAAAGUUAAUCACAACUUUCUCAUUUCUCAACCAAUUUUUGUGCCGUUUACUUAAUUUUUAAUGCCAAAACAUUUGAUAUUAUUACAGAAAAUUUGAUUAAGAAUGUGUGUUUUUUUUUUGUUUGUUUUUUUCAAAUGGGAACCUUUAAAUGACCUUAAAUGGGAACGAUGCCCCUACUAGCUUAUUCUGCGUUCCAGUAACCUCAGAAGUUGGAUGUCGGAGCUGGGAAUGACAUUACACCCGAGUUGACGGCAUUCUAGUAAACAAGUCGGAAAAACAAAAUGGAUGCCUACUGUUAGCCGUCAGCUGUCAUUAGCCAUUGUCAGUUGUUGUUAGCUGUUGCCAGCUGUUGUCAGCUGUUGUUAGCUGUUGUCAGUUGUUAGCGGUUGUCAGCUGUUGUCAUUGCUUGUCAGUUGUUGUUAGGGUUACAGUUAUUGUCAGCUGUUGUCAGUUGUUGUUAGUAGUUUUCCACUGUUGUAAGCUGUUGUCAGCUGUUGUUAGCCAUUGUCAGCUGUUUUUAGUAGUUGUUAUCUAUACCAGUUGUAAACAACGCAUAACACAGUAAUUUACUCUUAAAAACACCAAAGCACUGUGUUCACAGUUAGACGCUGGGCAGUACAACAUAAACCAUUUAUUUAAUUUAUUUAAUGCACUGCGCUGCCAUCUUGGAUAAUGAUGUUGUUGUCAAGUCGGGGUUGGCGAGGAUCAGCCGACUUUCCAAGCAACCAAGCAAACCAACUUCAGGGGAGCAUUUCAGAUGAAUUUCCGACUCGGAGCUCGGAAAUCCCGACUCCCAAGUACAACUGUAACACAGCAUAAACUCACCAUAGGCACGCAGUUAAAAAGGAACAUGUCUUAUCUACGUAUUUAUAUCUAUGUUUGCAACACAAGGAUCAGAAAGUCUUGGCUUGAAGUAUCACAAAGCAACUGCAACUGUCAAUACUUUAAUUUUGAUGCAACAACAAUCAAGGCGUUAAUUUGAAAACACUUGAGGCUAAUAAGACUUGUGCGUUCGCAGAGAGAUAUUUACAGCCUUUAUAAACAGUUUCCUCUCAUAGACUUCAUCUGCAAAUCAGAGCUUUUCACUGACGGGGUACAAUACUGUUUAAAUGACGGCAUCUUCAACAUAAAGCAGUGUCCUUCUGCUGCGCUCCCAUGAAAAGACGGCCAUGAACCCGUGACUCAUCUAGAGAUAUCUUAUUUAAUUAAAAAUAUGCUCGUUAAAUUGAAAUGUUUUGGAUACAGCUGGUUUAAAUGAGCCCGAACUCAAAUGGUUAUGACUCACAUGUAAACGCUGGUUUUAUUAGGUCAGUAAAUUAUCUUUGGCUGAAUUAUUAUCCAAAUAGGCCGUAAUGAGAAAUAGAGUAAUGAGAAAAUAAUGAUAUAGGUAGAUGCUUAUAUUGUCUGCCUGAGGGAAGCUUUUAGGCCUUUUAUUUUUACCUCUGUGUGUGUGUGUGUGUGUGUGUGUGUGUGUGUGUGUGUGUGUGUGUGUGUAACCCCCCAUCGAUGGAAAACCCUUGUCAUUUGCAUUGGGGCAGGUGUGCAGCUGGGAAGUCAUGAAUCUCAAUAACUCAGUAAAUUGAUUACCUGCACACGACAAAAUGGCUCCAGAGAUUUUAUUACUGGGCAACGAGAAAGCAGAGAUGGAUGAGGGGUGUGUGUGUGUUUCUGACAGGAUUUACUCAUUAAGACUACCUGCUUAGGGCGUCACCCUGAUUUCGAGAGAAUAUAAAAGCGUUUUGAGAAACGUCGAUGCUCCUCACUCUAAUAGGACACGAUGAUUCAAAGUUAAUGAAAGAGGACGGAGAAGGAGUGCCAGGACCUUGGCAGUCAGAGCCUACAGCAGCGUAUCUAAGAGCCGGCCCAGAUUCCCACCUCUGCUGUGAGGGUUUAUUUUGAAAACUGAUAAGUUUGGUGUUUUAAUGACCUCAACAGGCUGUCGUAAUCAGGUCACGGUCAGCUUAAGCUUAUUAAAGAAUCCAGCACGGCUAAAAAAGCUUCAAAACAAACAAAACGCAAACAUUUCCACUGCAAUUUUAAGUGAAGGAGUGGAAGGGAUCGCCUGGGGUCUCUCUCUCGGUAUCUGUCGUGUUAUUUUAUCUUGACACUCAGUAAUUCACUGCUUUCAUUACAGCGACGCAGAUCGCCCUCAGCACAGAAAUCUCUUUAAAAUUUCGCCGUCUCUUCGACACACUUUUGUUUCUCUUAUUCACAUUUUAAUGCCCGGGGCUUUAGAGGUAUGAAAAUAAAUCCACCUUCUUGCUGCUGUCGGCUCGUAGUUUCCCCUUGAAACCUGCUUUUGCAGUGUUUUUGCCUCAUUUGUAACACGAUCAGUCCUUCUCAUCUGUAUGUACUAUAAAGUAGACCCAAAGGUCCCUAUCAGCAUAAAGGAGCACAACAAAGAGGAAAUACAAAUACAAACAGAGAUGAAGUAGAAAAACACCUCGUGUCACUUAUUAAAGGCUGAGCGAGUUCCCUUUUUCCUCCUCCAGCGACUGUUCGAAGAUAUUUCUGCGGAUCAAUCAGACAUUGAUUUAUAUUUGAGCAGAAGUUUUCGCUCGUUCGGUAUAAGUGCCGCCAAAACUCAGUCAGUUUGUCUCAAGGCUGCUGGGAGAAGAGGAGCCGGUGACUCACAGGGAGUGGAAACUUGAUUAAAAACCGAUUUCGACGAGAACAGUUGUGAGAGGUUAUUUUCCUCUUAGUUGUGAUUGUCUUCUGGUUUCUUCAGCGUCGCCUCUGAAACUUUUAAGUGAACUUUUGAAGGACGUGGUUGUGAACCUCUUUGACCUGGGUAUUCAUAAAGCUAUUGGUAUUCGAUUAAGAGGUGCAGCUAGUUAUUUUCUUUCAUGCAGAGUGAUAACAUUACGUCUGAACCCCCAGAGAGAGCCUGUAGGGAUGUCGGUGGGACUGUUGACAGGCUGUUGUGGCUCUGACUGAGCAGAUUUGAAGGAUGUGAUCGGGGAGAGUGACAUAUGUCACCUGAGUGAGUGAGAGGUGCAGCUGAAGUCGCCCGCCUAAAUUAGUUUGCUGGUUUCACUCCAUCAAAUCCACACCUAAGGGUAAAGGUUCUUGGACACUGGGAAUGACGCAAAUAUACAACGCAAAAUUACGAAAUAUUUGGUGGUGAAUUCUUACGCGCCUGACUAUACACAUCAAACGUGAUGCGAUUUUGGACGAAAGCAAGAAGACUGACACAACAGCAGACUGAGUGUUUUUCAGUUCUGAUUAGACUCUUGUGUUGAGAUGGCUGUCUGUCAUGAUAGCAUCUACUGAGUCGGGGCCAGUACCAGAUAAGCACAUUAAACUAUAAUCCAUAAAUGUAUGGAUUGUUUACGUGUCUGUUCUCUGACAUGUAAACAAUCAGCCGGUCGGCCAUGUUGGAUAUACUGGUGAAUCUGACGUCGCAAUAACACGCAAUCUGAUUGGUCAGAAGUGGACACACAGUAUGUGAAACUUUAGAAAAUUGGACCGUGAUACGAAAAAAAUAAAUGCUGCAAUAUCGCAGGAUUGGAAAACGUCGAUGUGAACGCUUGUAUUGACAGGAUACGGGUUUGAAAAAAAGUAUUGACGUCUGAUAUAAUCCCACGAAAAAAACGCUCCCCUUAAGAAAGAUUAAAGCUUAGUGGGCAACACGUAAAUAUAUACAUUUAUAUUUUAUCGUUUCCAUAUUUCACUUAAAUCACUAGUGUUUAUAUUCUAUCCUAAAGUCUUCAUCAAGCCACAGGACUAGGGCUGGGCGAUAAACCUAAAAUUUAUCGAUAUGGAAAUUUAUGAGAAUAACUGACGUCAUUUUGCCCAUAUCGUUAUAUUCGGUGUCAAAUAAAUAAAUAAAUAAAAGUUUGUUUUGGAUGUGUGUAGGUAGGCUAUGGUCUCAUGUCCCUUUAAGACGCUGUACUAAGUCAGAGACGUGACUCCACCCCAUCCAGUCCAUAACAAAGAGGGAAAGAGGUGAGGAGAUGGAGGACGGUUCAAAAGUUGUAGAGGCUGAAGUCGUUUUAUUGUUAUCAAGGUGAACUGAUCUGUAUAUAGAGAUAUUGAUUUGAGGCUGUAUCGUCCAAUCUUACACAGGACCAUCAGAUUUAUAUCCCUAACUAUGAGCUGUUUGAUUGAGUUAAUUCACCUCUUAGUCAUUUGAGCACCUUUCCCUCCUUCUCCAUCCUCUUUCUGUCUGUUUCAUUAACUUGUUGGUUGAAGUGAAAGAUUAAUUGUGCGGAUAAUGAGCUAAAAGAGUCCUGUAAUGUCUUCUUUUUAUCAAUCAGUUUUAAAAAUACCUAAAUGGUGACAUCUCUCGACAGGUAUUGUGUUCAAACAAUCUGAACUCCACCAGUAUUGAGAAGCAGCAGGUUAGAUGCGGAUUAGAGGCAGCCAACUGCUGUUUCCAAUGACAACAGAUCCUCCGUCCCCCGUGGCUCUCUCCUCACCUCUUAACUCUCGGGUUUAUGUCAGCUGCUUCCCUCCUGUUUACCCUUCUUUUCCUUUCUCACUUGUCCUUUCUUUUCUGCAUCAUUAUGCAUCACAUCCUCGACAAUUUUUCUCUUUUCUUCCGAGCCAAUCCUCUGAUUUUAUUCCCAUUUAAAGAAUCUUCCAUUAACCGGGUAGAAACCUUGAGCAGAACCAAAAUUAUGUCAGACAGUCACCUGCUGUUAUUAUGUUUGGAUUGCAUAGGAGAGAGAUGGGAAAGGAUCACAAAAGUUCAAAUGGAGAAGUGACGAAAUAUCAGAACAAGUUGACAAACUUUUUAAAGGAUUAGUACGUUAACGGAAAUGGAGUGAUGUUCGAUAAACUUGAGUCGUGGUAGUUGCGCAACAGACUUUGUAAUAAUGAAGUUAAAGUGAAUAAAAAGGGUUGAAAUUAGAUCAGCUUUGUGAAUAUGGUCAGUAUCGGCACUUUUUAGACCCUCUCUUCCUGAUGACUGGUCUCUCCUCUUUCAUUUUUGCAUAUCCUGUCCCUUUCUACCAUCCUUUCUCUUCCCAGUUUGACCUUUCAUAUUCUCUCUCUUUCUUUUCCUUCCCGUUAAUCCCUGUCUUUAUUCUCCUCUAGUACCCCUUUCAGGCCACUCUCUUUGUUUACCCUCAUUUACUCUCAUGUCCUCUCCUAUACAGUACUUCCUCUGCUCUCUUUUGCUUCCUCUCCCUCCAUUCCUCGUCUUUCUCAUUGAUUUGUUUCAAUCCCUCGUCAUCCUUUUCGAUCCAUACCCUCUGCCAUGCGUUGCUCUGCUUUCAUUUCCUCUCCUCACGAGCGCUUCCCUUUUCCUUUCCUCGUUUCUCAUCUCCUCAUCCUUCUUGUUGAACAUUCUCGACAAGUAGGACUGACCCUGCGAGAGAACCAGAUCAGUUUCUGAUCACGCCGCCCAGCAGGCAUGAAGGUCACGCGGUUUGUUUUUAAAAUGCAGAUCUUUGCUCCCCUGCUGCUUAACAGACUCUCUUACCUAGAAGUGUCUCAUACUUACUAAUGUUGCCUGUCGCUAUGCUCUCCGUGUCACGCUUGGUUUUAAUCUUUAACAAAGAUUGGUGCGCAGAUUGGACCGACUGUCUGCAUUCAAAACAAGCGCCGUCUGUUUGAUGAUUGACUUUUGACUUUCGUGGGUAAAGGCUGAGCGUUCCUACCCCUCUUUGUUCGCUCGCUGCAUUUUCAGUACCAUUGCUUCCCUGUCACUGAAUAGAGAACUUCGGUAUUAAAAUUUGAUCUGUGUAAGACCUCUGCAUUCGAACACCUCUUUUCUACCCCACAGAAAAGAUAAAUGUACUUCUAGAGACUAUGCAGAUCCAAACCCUCAAAAAUAAAAUUAUGCACUGCUUUAAAUUAACAGAGCACAUUUCUACAAAAGAGGAUAACGGAAAAGUCGGAAUUUCAAGAUUUAAAAAAAUCGAAAUUAUGUCAAUAAAGUGAAAAUUUCGAGAUUAAAAAUUUAAAUUUUGAGAUUUAAGUCGAAGGUUUGAGAUUGAAGUCAAAAUUUUAAGAUGACUGAAAUCCAAAUUUUGUCAAUAAAGUCAAAAUUUGGAGAUUAAAAAUUUAUUUUUUUAUUUAAGUCGCAAUUUUGAGAUUAAAGUUGAAAUUUCAAGAUUAAUAAAAUCUAAAUUUUCUCAAUAAAGUCAAAAUUUUGUGGCUAAAAAUUAAAACUUUGAGAUGAAAAUCGAAAUUUCGAGAUUAAUAAAAUCAAAAUUUUGUCAAAAAAGUCAAAUUUCAAGACUAAAAAUUGAAAUUUCGAGAUUAAUGUUGAUUUUUUUUGCGAUUGCAAAAUGUUAGAUUGUCACGAAUAAUGUGGAAAUUUCAGGGCUAAAAAAUAAAAAAAUUGAGCUCUAAAUCAAAACCUUGAGAUUAAAGUCGACAUGAAUAAAGUUGAAAUUCCGACCUUUUUAAAUUUCACCUUUAAUCUCGAAAUGAAAAAUUAAAAAAAUCUCCCUCUUGUAAUUAUUUUUUUCUCUUUUUGUCUUUCCUUCAACAUGAAGCGAUGUACAUUUCAAAAGUAGUCCCAGCUUGGCCAUCGCUUUUUGUGUCUUCAUUAUCUCCACAACACCUUCCAUCUCCUCUGAGAUGACGUCCCCAUUACAGCCAGGCCAGUGUCACUCUCUCAGCUCUAUAUUUGGAAGGUGAGAGGCCAAUUUGCAGGUUUGAAGAGUUUUCCACAAGAACCAAAGAGACUGAUUUAACGUGUUUUCAGACUAGAGAAAGCUCAGCGUUAAGGGGACCUCAUGAUCAGACUGAAGUCAUAUUUGAAUUAAAGUGAGAAGGAGUCAAAGCGCCGACAAAACCCUUCCCCCUAUAACCUGACCAAGGUUGGUAUCUUCAAACUCUCUUUGAUGAGUUUGUGUGGGCCUCCAGGUACAGCAACGGUGACAAAUAAAGGAUACCAGAGCAUCUGACUCCUCUGCUCCCCCGCUGAUUUGAAGCAGCUUAUUAAUAAUUGAGCGGGGACAUUUGUGCGAUGGCAGAUAUAUCAUGAUUCCCCCUCUGCGGCUGCCACAGGCCAGAAAUGGAUAGAUAUUAAGCCAGCUUGAUUCGCACGCUCAAACACGGUGUUUUUGGGGUGGUGCAGCAGGCUGAAUUUUCUCACUAUGCAUAAAAGUGAUAAUGAAAUUUCUGCUGGCGUUAACAUCAGUGGAGAAAAAAUCCUCACAUGGCAGAUCAGACAUGGCGUGUGAAAAGAAAUACAGUGUAAAAAUGUCAUAUGUGUUACAGGCCUGUAAAAGUCUGUAUCAACACCUUUGUGCUAAUGCAAAAGUUAACAUCUUCUGUUUUGUGUGUCACGGCUUCUCAAUGGCUCCCUCAGGCCAACAACAUCCCUUGUUUUUCUCUCUCACACACACUUUUACACACAUUUCUCUCCUUUCCUGUUCCUCAAGAUUAAUUAAACGCAAGAUCAAACCGGCAGCAGCAGCGGCUCGUUCUUGUAAAACAUCUGUUUAAGCAUGCUGAAUAGGUGGUGUUUACUCACUUAGAGUCCACCAGAGCUGGGAUAUAACAUCUAUUCACACACACACACACGCGCACGCAAAGUUAAACUCUUCUUCUGUUUUACUUCACACUUAAAGAAAGGCAUUGUGUCUGCAGUGAGAAGUGUCCAACUGCUGAAUAAUAGAAAUCUCGGGCUGGAAAAACGAGAUGGAGUUUAAAAAUGAAUGGGCCUUCAUCCUCAGGUAGAGCCGAGUUUCUGCAGCUGUGAUUUGAUUCGCGGUGACAUAACCGAGCGCUGGCUGUUCGACACCUUCAGAUCAAAAUUGGAAAGCUGAUAAUUGCCCCCGGUCCUUUCUGCCUUUUCCCUCUAUCCUUCAGUCUUUAUGUAGGUACUCGGAAACAAGUCAGAAAAACUUGAGAGGUAGCGAAAAGCCAAAAAAGUAGAAACUCAGAGGAAAGUGUAAGUAAGUCUGCGUGUCAAACUUUCCUUCCAGGGGCCUCAUUUAUCAACCUUGCGUACACACAGAUGUAUGCGUUAUGAGUGCGUACCUACAUUCCCACACACAAAACCUAGUGGUACAACAGUGAAACUACAAAUAGAACCCAUUAAAGGAGUCACAGCGUUCAGCAAUCUUAAACUUCACACAUGCUCUCUGUUGCCUCUGUACAAAUUUAUCAAUUAGUUAUUUAGCAGACAUUUUAAAUGAUCGGUGUGACAAGCUAUAAAAAUCAGCUGAGACAGGACAACCUCAGAAGAAGUCUUACAAGUACAAAUAUAAGUAUCAUGGCUUAUUUUGUGCUAUUGGAGGACUUCAUGCAGGGAGACCGUGCUGAUCUGUUCAGUGAGAACACAGAGUGGACUCUCAGCAGGUACAGCUUCCCCAAAAUAUUUCAAUGGAUUUAUGCCCUGAUUUACAACCUGUGUUAGAACGAGAGACAAAACGUACCAAAGCCAUCCCAGUGCACAUCCAGCGCCUGUCCACCCUAACCGGAACAUUUCAGCGUGAGAUUGGAGACAUAUGUGACAUUUCGCACCCAACGCUAAGCAGAAUCAUGCCGGCAGAGCUGGAUGCAAUAAUUUCUUUGGCCUCAACUUACAUCCAGUUGCCAAACACACAUCACCAACAAGCCGAAAUAAAACGAGUAUUUCACGCCAUCGCCGGAUUCCAAAACAUGAUUGCACCCACAUCGCAAUAAAAACAUCUUCACACAACAAAUUUAGUUUUGUCAACAGGAAAGGAUUUCAUUCAAUCAAUGCACAAAUAAUCUGCGAUGCACAUAUGUAUCUGUUAAACAUUGUUUCCCGGUGGCCUGGAGGAACGCACAACUCAUUCAUUCUGCAGAACAGCUCUGUGAGUGUGCACCGCCAUGAUUUUGGCGAGGGGAAAAAAAUUCAUUCAUGCAUUUUUAAAGGGAUUGUUGAUACCAUAUAUGGUCAAUUGGAGGCAUUUCUGAAUGCAAAUGACCCCAACCAUUCACAAGCAAACUAGUAAAGAACAGGUGGGAUUUAUCAUCACCGAUUAUUUACUAGCGUGCGUACAACCGGUGUCCACAUGUUUACUAAAAACAGAUUUUUUUGUACUUACACACUUUCUAAAUUUCAUUCCUACGCCAGAAUUUAGAACCUUUUUCUACACAUGUUUUAUAAAUAAGGCCCCAGGUCUUUGGGAGAGCUAUAUUUACAAACAGUAGGUUGUCGGAGUCAGUUUGAGCCGGCGUCAGGUAAGGCGUAGUAGACAUGCAGGGUCAGAAAGAGGUGAGCUCGCCAAACGUCUGCGGGCAGCUUCCCAGAUUUGCAUGAGUCGAACUGAGCGAUGUCGGCACCGAGUUUAAACUCAGCUGAAGAUGUAUGCCGCUCAAAGAAAAUUAACGGUAUUGUUUCUGUGCUGUUGAGUGUCACUGUCAGUCAGUCGGCGUGCUCCAGUCUCGUGUUAAACUCCUGGGAGCGUCUGACCCUUCGGUGCCCUUAGAUAAACACAGCUGCUCCCCCUGCAUCUGCGCACCGGACUCCCGGCUGACAAGAUUUUAUCAGCUCCCAUUAAGAUGUUGCUUCUCUCUGAUGCUUCAGGUCCACAGGGAUCCUCGACUAUCCAGGAAACACUCAAUUGAGAAUCUAGUGGUCCAAAAACAUUUUGAAUCGAGGCUUUUACUUCACAACUGCAUCUAUAAAACAAUCAGUAUCAAAACAACAGGGCUUUAGGAUUUAUCAUGUAUUUAGUGAUUGUGUUUUGGUCCACCAGCAUGUCCGCCUACAUGCGUUACUUAGGCAACAACACAGGCAAUAACACAGGCAUGAGUUGCCUACCUGUAUAUGCUGGUGGCACAGCUUCCAAACACAACGAUCCAUCAUCUCGCCAUCCGAACAAUCACGCUGUCAAGACUUGGAACAGAUCUCCUCAAUCACAGCUUGUUUUGCGCCUUUUUUUGUAUCGCUCUGCUCCCGGCGGCGUGGAUUCAGCCAGGUACUGCUUAGCAACUCUGGAUUUGAUGCCGUCAUUGUGUUUGCUGCUGUGAGUGAAGGCUUUCCAUGAGGUUUAGGAGUGUGUUUAUAGGAGGUCAGGCAUUAGUGUUGGACAGGAAGGCCUAGCUGGAUCUGCUCUAAUCUAUCCCAAAGGUGUGUGCUGUCGGGUCAAGGUCUGCGCAGGUCAGUCCAGCCUAGACUGAUUCGUCACUAUACAGGACACGCCUCCACUGCUCCAGAGUCCAAUGGCAGGGUGCUUUUCUGACGCUUCACUUUGCACUUGGUGAUUUAGGGCUCUCUUUUCACUGUUCUUCAGCUUAUCGAGAGGAUAGUGUUGUAGUCAAAACCACACCAGACAAGACCAAGACAAUAUCAGGCCUAGAAAGUAUCGAGACUGAGACAAGACCAAGACUGUAUAUAUCAAAGAAAAAUCACAACAAACCAGAACAAAAGAGCAGAACCUUUUUUAAUCGAGAUUGCUUUUACAAAUGUUUUAGUUUGGAUUUUUUCCCCGGUGUAGCUUAUUCAACGGUUAAUUUACGGGUCUUUAUGCUUCCUCUCAAUGUGCCGAUAAAAGCUGGAUGAUGACGACCCGGCAGUUUCUGUGAGUUGUGCACCGCAGAACGCCACAGUCCGUAUGGUUUUUCGAAACCAAACUUAAUAAUGGUUGAGCGCGUUACUCCAGGUGUGUGAUACUCAGAGGGCAGCUGCUACAUUUUUCUCUUUAACAGUCUAAAUCACAGACUGUAUAUACUAUGGACAACUUGGCUCCGCCUCCCAUCUUUAUAUGAAUUUGAAGCCAAAUUGCUCUCGGUUUUUCCGGGAUUUUCUCCACUUCCUGAGAACACCACUUGUGCAGCGUUGUACGAAUUCGACGGGAGAGUCGCUGUGAUGACGCUCCGCUCAAACAGCGUAUCCCCGAGUGAGCUACGCAAUUUUCGUACGCCCAUAGGCUGUAUCAAGUGUCAAUCAUAGAAAACAUGAACCCCCUAAUAACUUUAAAAAAUGGAGCUGCACAGAAAAAAAGAGGACUUGACACCAAACCAGUCUUCCAUGUCAACAUUGCAACCAGGGGAGUGAAAAUGUUAUAUUCUGUGUAAUAAAUUUCUAAAGUUUGUCCACAGCUCCAUAGGGAUUGCUGGAGGGGGCGGGAUUUAUUACCUAUAUUGCAGCCCAUCACCAGAGGGUGCUGUUCUUAUGGCAGCUUCAACCAGCAAGGAGGAAGACGGCGUCCAGUCUAUAUACAGUCUAUGGUGACAAUUGGUCUUGAUCAAAAAUCCCAAGUCCACCCAGUCCAAGACCAAGACAAGUCCUAGUAAAAACCUUUGAUUCCGAGGCAAGACUGAGACCCUUAAAAAAUGAUCUUGAGAUAGGUUUGGAGUACAACAACACAACUGGAGGCCACACAAAGUUUGGAGGUCUGCACCUCCUGACUCUUUUGUGGCCUCCCAGUUGACUAAACUUAUUGCAGAGUUUUGUUGCACUCUAUUCUCUAAAAAUGCACUAAUAAUGGAGUAAUAAAUAGAUGUCAGACCAUUCCUUGGAAGUCGGAUAAAAGCCUCACACAGUAGGACGCCAAAUUAAGCUCAGCUGGUGGAGUGGGCACCCCACGUAGAGAGGCUGUAGUCCUCAUCACACCAGUCAAAGGAUCAAUUCCCUUUCCUUAUUCCCAUGCUGUUCUGUCUACUACAGGCUAAAAGCAUAAUUUGAAUUUUUAACCUAUGUUUAUGAGUUUAGUCCCACGAAGCAUCAACAUUUAACAGUUUUCUUCUGCAAACACAUAUCGCCUUAUUUCCAUAUCCUGACCUUCACUUUUGAUCCGAACACUUUGGUGUGAAAAGUGCCCCGAUCCUCCUCUGAUGAGGAAGUGGAGAGGUUAGACAGGAGGGAAGAGGGGAAGCAUAGAAGACAUAAUUAGAGGGGUGAUGGAGGUUGAUGCUUCCGAUUUCUAGUUCGGGCUUCAAACUUGAUUGCCGCCAGCCUGGUUAUGCAAGUGAAGACCACUUCCAGACCCUUCCCGAGGACACUGAUUGGAUGGAUGAGGAGAAAAAAACUGUACGCGCUGACUUCGAUCCUUAUAAUUCCUGUAGUGCUUCCAUCAGCCACCUUCCUUGUUUCCUUGAUUGGUUAUUGUUCAGCACCAGCUUGCCCCUUUUGAUACUAAUGACGGCGUAUUGAGCCGUAGAUGGAAAUGCAUGUCACUGGUUACGGGGGAUUUCCGCAUCAAUAUGCAAAUGAGUAUUUAUAGGUCUCUUGAAUGGACGCCUGCCAAUGUUCCUGAAAAGCAAGUCACCAUCUGACUCUUUGUUCCUGCUCUCCCUCGAUCGCUUUCUGCUGCAUGCUUCAUUAAGCUGAUGGUGGCAUGUGUUCGAAACAUUGGGAAAGAGACACAUCUGACAGGAAUAUCAGAGCCUAGCGGAGUCUCUAAUUGGCAGCUAGGGAAGUUGGGGGUGUUUCUGGAAAGCAGGUACUCAAGACAAGAGUUAAUUGAGAUUCCUUCAGUGAAUACCAAAGAGGAUAAAGAAAGGAGUGGGAACCGAGUUCUCAUUAAAAACAUAUCCCAGGCUUCCCUGUCGUCUGUAGAAAUACACCAUGGUAUGGUCUGUGAGGCUGUCAGUGUAUGCUGCACUGACUGCUGAUAAGAUACGAAAUCAAAGAGUAUUUCACAUCUAAGAGAGGCGCAGGUUUGACUGAGAGAGCGGCAGACAUGCCUUUGUAGUAGGGCUGGGCAAUAAGGGAAAAAGUUUAUCACAGUAUUUUUUUUUUCAUAUCAGUCAAUAUCAAUAUGUAUCACAAUAUAAAAAAAUCACUUGUCAAUCUUAAAUGUUCCCUGUUACUCUUAAAUGAAAUUGAACAUGUACUCAACAUAGUUUGCAGUGCACGCUACUCUACUUCAUGUCCGACCUCAAAAAAACAAAAUACCUUCACACCACUGACAUUUUCGUGUCAGUGUUGUCGACAAUGUUGUCAUCUGUUGAGCCUUCAUCUGCAUUUCUGCAGGGUAAAGUAGAAUUGUAAAGUAGAGAUGCACCGAUCCGUUUUUUUUUUAUCCAAUCCGCUACCGAUACCUGGGCUGAACGUAUCUGCCGAUAUCUGAUGCCGAUCCAAUACUACUGUUGAAUGAAUGAACUGUAUACCUUGGCCUGUGAGUGACGGCAUCAGGCUUGAUAUUAGCCCUCUUAAAAAAGAUAACAAAUUAAUAAAUCUUACCUCUUUUUGUGAAUGUUAGUAGAAUGGUUUAGAGAUAUUUCAGCUUGCUUUUAUUGUGCUGGGACUUGUUUUCUCUCUCGUUGUGGCAACAGAUGAACACAGAACAGGUGUUUGGUUGACAUCAUCCUUCUUGUAACUGAAAUAAUUCCAGAUAACGAAUUUUACUUUGUUAUUUUGUUACUUUGUUGUUUUUCUCUUGUUCAUUGCUCAUUUUGCAAUCGUUGUUGUUGCUACCGGUGUUGUGCUGAGAAACACAUGUCCGGCGAAAAUUGCAUGCACCUCACGUAAACAUGCACUGGUUAUAGAAGAGUGGUCCACGGAAAUGUACAAUUUAAAACCCAUACAAUUCUUAUUUGUGGGGCUAAACGGUGAUGAGUAAUUCUCUGCAGGUAUGCGUUUCUCGACACAACACCGGCAGCGCCAGUGACUCAUUCCAUGUGCAGAACAUGUGCAGGGCCGUGGUUUCCAGUCAUCUCAAUCAGCUACCCUUGAAAUUAAAUGAGUUCAUUCGCCUCCUACAUCGCAGGCUCUGCAGUGUGACUGUUGUGCACACAAUAAUGCUCAAACUACAUAUAGUGCAGCCCUGAUUUAGUGAAAAAGGAUAGUCAACAGAAUUGCUUUGUUGCUGUGUAUGACAUGAAUUCAAAGAAAAAAAAGGCAGGAUCGGAACGCUGGAUUGGCGUCACUCAUCAGAUCUCCGAUCCACUUAAUUUGUCAAUAUGGGAGCCAAUAUCCGAUCCAAAUAUCAGAUCGGUGCAUCCUUAUCGUAUAGUCUUCCAAAACAUGGCUGAAUGCCGGCUAUCGAGAAGCAUACUGACCAUGUUUUAUAUCGAUAUUGAGGGAAAUUAACUUUUGAUAUAUCAUAAUUGUUUUAUCGCCCAGCCCUACUUUGUUGUCAACUUUGUUUUUGUGUGCGUGUGCAUUUCUGAUCUCUGAAUGUCUGUAUCCAUGAUCUUCACCUGAGUGUGCAUUUCUUUCAGUUUAGUUUUUAUUAUCAUGAAAGGCAUGAAAGUUUUUCACAAACCUAGUAUCAGAUUCGGCCGCAUUUCAGACUCCUACAAGUAAAAUUACAGUCUAUGAGUUUGACCUUUAUCUUGGUCGCUGUACUCGCAGUUUCUGUCUGCAUCCUAUUUCCCAAAGUUAUGAAAACAAAGCCUUAUAUAAUGGUCUCAAACAGGAGGUUAUUUGACCCAUUUUAAGCAAAACUCUGGGGAUAAUGAUAAUCUAGAAGUGGCGGGUAAGGUUCAGCGUGGAAUAUUAAAGUGCCAUUACUGCGGCGCUUUCACAUUAAUCACUCUGAUCUGCGGUUAGCCUUUUGCCUAGUUUUUUUUUUCCUCAACAUCCUUCACUUUCAAUAUCCCAUCUGAUUAAAUUACAGCUGGGUGGUGUUCUGCAGGAAAUGAAGCCGUGUGUUUUGUGAGCUUGUAUGUAUGUUAAUGCAUUUAAAUGAGACUAGGUUUGUGAAUUGUGAUGUUACUUUGCUUAUUUGCAUUUAAUAAUUACUGUAUUCACUAUUAUUCUGUGUUUACAUGAGAGAUUGUGUUGUGUUUGUUUGUUUGUUUGGUCGAGUAAAUCCAGCUCUUCAGGGAGGUGUCAGAUCCUUACCGUCUUGACCAUUUCUCAUGGAUUCUGGUUUCUGCGACUUGUGUAACAGGAUUCUAUGGGAAGCGCAAUGCAUUUAUUUGUUAAUUUACCUGCCAGAGAGUCGAAGGCGUAGUCAGUCAUCGUUCAAAGUGGACAGUUAGCGGCUAUCCAGAUAGGCGAGGCGAAAAAGCCUCUUUCAGCGUUUCAGACUCCGCAGGAAUCAAAGAUUGUCAUCAACAGGAAGGCUGUGGUGUGUUUAUGUGUCAGCGGGGGCUUCUUUUACAAAGUCUGAUCUACUUUUUGGAACAGCUCGAUGAAAUGUUCACUGGCCCAGAGUCCUCCCACACACAGCUGCUCCCAAAUACCCAGCCUGCCUGUGUGUCAUAUUGUAUGUGCGGCCUCAUGUGUCUUUGUUUAUGAUGUGUUCCUUUGUGCUCGUGUUUGCGCAGUACCUUGUGUCUUCUUGCACACUCCGAUACCUAGCAUGUGUCACUGUGUGUGCGUGUGUGUUCAGGCUUGUUUGUCACAUCAGUGUGUGUGAGUCUCCACUCUUUAUUUGACCUCUCAGUGCUUGUCUAGUCCUAUAAAGACAUAGCCCAGAGGAGCUGCUGGUCUGAGUGGUGGUGGAGACCAAAUAUGGAGCCAAAUUGGGGGCGAAAAGUUCAUGAAAAAUCCUCUGAUCCGAUUCACACUUGCUGCGUCUCUCUUUAGAUGGCCCGGUGAUCUGGCGGAUGCUGACCUAUCCCCCCACUCGGCGAGCCCUCGUGGUGGGUUGUGGUCUCCAGAUGUUCCAGCAGCUUUCAGGAAUCAACACAGUCAUGUGAGUGAACCUUUCUCUGACAUCUUGCAUAACUCUGGACCAUCUUCUUGUGUUGGUCUAUCUGCAGUACAGGGUAUCAUGGACUGAGGGGUGUUACUAACAUAGAUAUCAUAGCUAGAGGCCUCACGACCCAUAGAAGACAACUUUAAGACUGCCGCCAUCUUGGAGUGGUACCGAUAACUGCUGGCAAACUUGGUUUUGAAUUUAAACAAAUGCUGUUGUCAGGGAAACCACAGGCUCCCAAAACUUCAACUGACCAAAAACCAUUGACACAUACCACUCCAAGAAGGCUUGACGUAACCUGGGCACGAAAUUUUUUAUUUUGUUGGACGGUAGGGGAAAGUCCCGCCUCCUUCGCCUCUGAUUGGCUAGAAAAGCUGGAAACGUCAUCACACACCCAAUCCUAAUCCUUACCCUAACCCUAACCAUAGCCCGACAGACGGUGACGUUUCACAGCCAUUAGGAAUAACCAAUCGGAGCCCAGCACUUCUAGCCAAUCAGAGACCAAUGAGGGUGGGACCUUCCCCUACCAUCCUCCAAAAAAAAAAUUUGCAUCCUAGGCAGGGUCGUGUGGCAUCUAGUGGUUAUGAUAUCUAUGGUUAGUACAGUAUUGAGCUCUGCUUAAAUCUACUGUGUGGAACUUCUGGUUUGUGUUAAUGUUGGCACCCCCUAUGGACAGUCAAAUGCAUCGUUAUUGGCGGUGUGCCAUCUUAGGCACCCCAUGAUUCAAUUCAAUUAUUAAAUGAUUAUUAAGAUUAUUAAGAUUAUCGAUGUGCCUUUUCUCUCCAUACAGGAUUUCUUUUAAAUAAGGUAUAUUUGUCAACAUCCAUUAAACAAAGUAAACAAAAUUUCCCCCACUACAUUUUAUUUUUAUUGUACCAAAUGAUGCGACACUUUUUCCACAACAAAAAGCUGCUCUAAUUACAUAAAGAGCUAUAACUAUCAGCUUGUUCAGCUUUAGUCUGGUGUAAUAUAAAAUAGUAAUAAUAAUAACUUGACCUAAGUUAAAAUAAAGACUUCCAAACAGAGUAUUCAAUGAGCGGCACAGCAUCCUACAACAAUCAAACAUUUUGGUAUCCACAACUAAAAGCAGCUUUACAUCUAAAUAAGUGGUGGAUGAACAGAAUGACUCAGAAUAGAGUAAAUCCUCUACAUGAAAUUUCUCCAGACGCUGGAUUUCUAACCGCAGAAUUUCUAUUUCUAAGAUGUCAGAAGAAAGAAAAAAACCUUAACAGGAGCUGUAAGUCACAAGAUUCAAAACUAUAAUUUAACACAGCUCAUUCAUAGUAAUACAUGCCACUUUCUUUCAACUAAACUCCAAAUACAGGGAAAAAAACCUGCUUUAUAAGAAAUAUGUCAAGCAUAAGCUUAAGGCAUCUGGAUGUGGAUGCAGAAUUAAACAUGGGGGGUUGUGGGUAAAAAGAGAGGCUAGAAAAAUGGGACUCAUUUGCUGAAAACCUGCCAUAGAACCUUUCACUGACUAAAUGACUACAAUUAAACUAUUUAUUUAUUAAUUAGUUAGAUCCAACUCUACUCCUGCGAUCUCCUCAGACACUGAAUCAUUAUCCAUCAAUAGUUGAUCGUUUCUUUGCUCAGUUUCUGCCUCAAACACUUUGCAGACGCUGAUCCUAAAUCAGCCUUAAAUCGGGUUAUACCUCAUUACUUCACUAUUAUCUGAGACACACGCCAACAGUCGGAGCAUGACCGUUAAACACAUAUAAACCUUGACAAUAGCGUGUCUGUGGUUGACAAAGAAAGUUCAAGUGCGGUUAAUCAGCACAAUGAUGAUACAUGUCAGGAUUUACGCCUCACAGACUAACCGCUCUGAAAAUAGGCUGGAUUUAGAGAAAUGCAUUUGGUGUUAGAUGACAAAACCUCUCUUUCAUCCUCCAUAUAGCAGAUCACACACAAAGGACUGACCCUCCACAUUGCAUUACUGCUCAGUUGCCUGUGAAGGGACGGACCACCUCUCCUCUCUUAUUCUUUUUUAUCUCGCCAUCUGAGGAGAUUGUGUCAUCUGUCUUUGUCUCGCUUCCCCUUUGAGAUGAACUAUAUUACAAGCUCUGUAAACAAUCUGUGGAUAUGUGCUGUUGCUUAGCAACCGCCGGAGGUGAGAGCAAUAGGAUAAGUGUGUGCACGUUCGUGUGUGUGUGUGAGCGUGCACGUGAGUUUUAAUUGGCUUAGUGUGCCGCUGGACUUCAGGCCUGCUCAUGCACUUUUGUGACGUCUGUGGCGCGUUUACUUUCAUGUCGGAAAGAGUGCGAUAGAGGGGAUGGACGUUUGUACACUUGUGGUAAUCAACACUUGCGCAGCGUCUAUUGACUCUGCGCCACUCAUUCAAUAUUUAUCUCCAUUUUCAAUUCCUAACAGUCUCAAUGGCAAAAGAGACAAAUUAAAUCGGUUUCAGCUCUGUCUCUUUCCAUCUCUUUCCAUCUCCCUGACUGAUGCAUCCACCAGUCUCCGUGAAAAGGUCUUCCUCCUUGUUUGUCUCUGUCAGCAGUGACCCAUUUACACAGAGCAUCAGGAAACCUUUGAUCAAGAUGGUACAGAAAUCAUGUUUCGUUUACUCGGGCAUUGAAAUGUGUCUGCCGCUCACAAACUGAAUCUGCGUGCCCUUUUAUUUGAACAGUCCUCACGGGGGCUUCCUUGGUGUGAUAACUACAUCUUUCUAAAUUGACAUUAAUGGCCUCAUCCUGCUGCCAAUCAAUUUUUACAGCAGGGUCCCAGUAGGAGCCGUUUACAGCUUGUUGCCCUUUACAAUUUCGUGGUUGUCAAAGCUUCAUGAAGAGGAACAAAAAUAUCAUGACGCCUUUGAUAUAAUUGCAAUUUCAGAAAACUGGAUCCGAAUGCAGACACCAGAGACUCGGCUGGUGCAACAGUCAAUUACAGAGUGAAAUACUCGGACAAGAUCCUCCUGUAGAGACUGUCAGCAGGUCUAAACUCCAGUCCCCUCCAGUUUUAUGAUCCCCAUCUCCUCGUGUCUAACUCAGGAUACAAAGAUUUGCAGCAAAAAAAUUGGAAAAGUUGUUAGCAUACCUGUUAGCGUAUCUGUUUGGAUCAGUAAAAAAGCAACAUGAUCUGAUCUUUUCAAUCUCUUAAGACUUUGGCUUUUCAACCACACCGUACGGUUACAGAUCUUUACAGUUAAAUUGUGAUAGCUCCGGCCCUCAGGGAGUUUCAGCACAAUGUCUGAAUAAGAUUUGUGAAAUUGUUAAUGCUACAUAUUCAACACAGUCUCUCAAUAGUUUCAUGAAUUACUGUAUGAGAGUGCUGCACAGCUGUUGACAGGAUUUCAAAUUGUUGCAUUAGUUCAAUUAAAGGCAUGGUUGACGACCUGAGAAGCAGUAGAAAAAAAGUGAGCUGUUGAGGCAGAUUUGAAAAAAGUGUACAACCCCCCACACACAAACCUCUCCCCUCUGUGCUCCACGAUAACUCCCCCCCAGACCUGUAUCAAGCCAGCCAGCAGGAGAUCCUGCGCUAGCUUCAAAUAGGAUUCACCAUGUCGGAUUGCUAGUGACCAGCGGCAGCAAACGCCAGCUCUGCUAGCGAGCACCGUCUGCAGCUGCCUGGACAGCUACCGUGUUGACAUUGCAGAGACUAAUAAGAGUUAUUUUUGUAACAUGUGCCACGAUAAAAGGCAAAAAUGACCUGUUCAACAAAAACUCUGCUGUCUCAGCAUCUGUUUUCAGGCCCAAAUCCUGGCGGAGCUUUCUCCACCGCUCCAAGGAUGACCCAAUGAUUCCUCGCUUGGUCACAUUUCCUCUCUGUCUCCGCCCUUUCUUCUGUCGGCUUGCAUUUUCUUAGCACUUUUGGCAGUGGGGCAAGCAGAAAUUGUGUCGAAUACAGUGAGGUGAUUGGAUGGAGAGGCGAAGCAGGAGAUCUACCAAUAGGAGCUGUCCGGGGCGGAUGGCUCGCAUUGGUCAAUGUUUUUGCAGCUCUGUACCUGCUAGGGAUAAGGGAUUUUUUCCAUUCUUUUUUUUCUUCACUUUGUGGAGAUCGCACUAUAGGACCAUGAUUGCCAUAUAAACGAGGUUCAUAAUAACUACAGAUCUCUCCAAUCGUCAACCAUACCUUUAAUAAUAAACUCCAUGUUGGUUCACUUCACAAAGUCUGCAUGCCAAAUGUGAAAGACAUAAGCAUGCAGAUGAAGAUGCAUUAUUUAUUAUUGUAAUUUCAUGUAGCAAACAGCAAAAAAAGGAUCAAAAGUGUUGAAUUAGAGAAACUUUUAAAAGACUUUGUAACCAGCAGCUUCACUAUAAAAACUGGUGUUUAAAUGCAAAACUCGUCAUUUUUAUAAAGACAAGUAUCUGAAUUUCUUCAGUAUAAAAAUCUCUUUUAUACUCCCUGUAAAAAAAUCUGUGUUUUUAAUAAUAUAAUUGUGGUUUUGAGGUGGUCUAGAUGUAAUUUCUGCAGGAGGAUUUCUUCCAUCCAUAUGUCUGCUACUUUUAAAGUCACCCUGGAUAUCUUUCCUUUGUCUUCCCAGCCUUAAUAGCCAGUAAGAAAUGAAAAGAGUCUAUACAGACUGUAAAUCAGCAAGGCUUAGAGACAAGCUCCACUCUCCUCGUCCCCAGCUGCUUCUCGUGAUUAAACCGCCAUGCUGGCAUCGAGCGAGAAAGAAACUGGCCAAAAAAAGAAAAAAAACAUUCAAACUGAACUAGCAGAUCUGUCUCUCAACUUUAACAGCCAGCUCUUCCAAUUUGGGAACUCCCCAGUAGUGGACUAAUGGACUCUGAAUAUGCUCCAACAGAAGGGUACAUUUGACUCGAUAUUAGCGCUUGUCAAACUUUUCAUCCCCCGGGGGAAAAGGUUCACAAAAAGUGCACCUCUCUGGUUGUUAGGAGUGUAGUCCCACAGUUGCUAACCAAGCUGAUCGUCAAAUUGUGCUUUUCACAACAAAAUCAUCCAGUGAAUUUUUACUGUGAUCAAAAGUCCAGUGGAUUUUUUUAACCUCUUUUCGGGUCACACAUUUUUAAUUGGGUGGCUCAGGUGCAGGAAGAGAAAGAUGGGUCAGAGGUGGCGGGUGGAGUGUCAGUGAGGAAGAGAAGGCGAUGGCGUGACCCCUCUUCAUACAGAGAGAGCUGUCUUUUCCUCUUUCCCUCAUUUUUGACAUCCAAUCAUGAGAACCACAGUGUUCCUCCUCCACUCAUUAAUUCCAUCGGCUGACGUCGGCUGACAAACUCUUUCCAACAUAAUUAACAGAAAAAAAUCCCUCAAAGAUGCUGGUUCGAUGAUCAGCGCUUGUUCAGCUGCACACUUAUUUGCAGAUUGCACUCGGGGUGGCAGGGCACCAUCGCAUACUUGCAUGCCAAUUAGUUUCUCUCAGUGGUGGCAGUGUGCUGUCUAAUCACAUGGAUUUAUGCAGACGAAAUUGACAUCCAAAGUCUUCUGGUUUAGUGUUAAAACCCACAACUGCUGAAUCGUUUAAGACACGUGGGUGAUUUAACAUAAAAAUUCCAGAGUCCUUUUUCUUCAGCACUCAGUUCGAGGAUAUAAUUCAGGGGACAUAUUUGAGGUUAAAUGCUUCUAAGCGUACCUGAUUUAAGGGAGUUGAUUGACAAUCUCGGUACGAUUGGCCGGGGGUUUGUCGCUCGCUGCACAUCAGGGCACUUUUUUCACUUUUUGAAACAGUGGGAUAAUCCGCCGUGUGACUGGCAUGUGAGGACAUACAAAUGGUCACACAGCUACUUUUUUUUUGCAGCCAGGUGAUUUGAACUCAUAUGUCAGACCCAGUCUCUCUGUACCCUGGUUGUUAUCUGGAUAACCUCCCUGUCCUUACUCUUACACACACCAAAUUACACCGACCAGAAUAGAUGGAUGGAUUUUGUAACAGGGCUGCUGUGUUUUCAACUUCUCUAUCAACCUUUUACUUCCUGUUGGUGAGUUAUAAAUGUGGAAAAAUUUGGAUAAUAUUAGAUAAUAUUCUUCCACAUUAGCCAUCGGAUCAUUUUUGUAUUCAAUUAGCCGCAUAAUCCGGCACGUAAAGGUCACUGUGGGCUCCUGGGAGACUGCUCUGUGCGUUUGUGUGUGUUUGUAUCUUGUCAGGGCAGGUCAGCCGAUUGUGAUGACAGAGCGGCGGAGAGGAAAAGAGGACAGAAGAUGGAGGGAGACAAAUUGAGCAGUAGAUGAGAGGAAAAAGAGACAGAUGCUGCAGAAAUGAAGAAGAUGAAGAGGAAGAGAAAGGGUGGAAGGAAGAGUAGAGGAAGGGUGCGAUGGAUUUAAAGGGGAAGUCAGAAAAAAGGGCAGGAUGUAGUGAGAGUUUUUGACUUCUUAUGGUAAAUAAACCUUGUAUCUCACAGAGUUACAGGUUUCAGCAGCUCUUUUGUACAGGAGUUAGAUUACUAUAAGUUUUACGGUAAUUUUUGUUUCUUUAAAAGCACAAAAAACGGUUUAGCAUGCUUCUGUGCAUGCGCGUGGCCACACCAGCAUCCAUUAUGGCUUUCUAUCUCAGAAUGGUUGGAGGAGGGAUAUUGAUACACAGAGUCAAAGGUCUUGCUUUGUCGAUAUAUAAUAGUAUACAUUUUACAGUCAUUUGAGACGGGAACAGACUCUGCAUGCGAAGCAGUCACUCCUCUGAGAGUUCAAGUGAAGCUUUGAUUGAAGAUUAUUGAUGGAAAAUGAGAAACUGGUGACACUGUAAGGUAUUUCGACUCUUACGACUGAUGUUCAGAUGUUAUGUCUGCACACAUAGCAAUUGCAAUUACUGAUGUAUCGCUCCUAGUCCUAGAUCAGAUUUAGAAAAAAGACAAAAAACUGCAGUUGGUACAUCUCAACUUACUGUAAUAAUCUGCUAAAACUGUCAGCUAUGGAUAAGCUAGUCAAUUAAUUUGGCCCUGAGUUGUGUAACUAAGUUUUGGUAAACAGUUUGUUGAAUUUCUUUUAUUUCACAAUCAGUAAAACCUAUGAUAUAAAAGAAUAUGAUAUGUUAUGAAAUGAUAUGAUAUGAUAUGAUUUGAUAUAUGCUAUAUGGGUUGAUAUGAUAUGAUAUGAUAUUACAUGUGUAGUGAUUUGAAAUGAGCCUCAUACGGCCGCACCAAAAUAAUACUUGGCGAUUGGAAUUUAUAAUAAAUGUCUGAAGAUUAAUAAUCUCAAAUUAUGACAUUUAUGCACUCGUUGAAAGGGGCACCACCCACCCUUAAUGGUGGGAAAAUAAAGAAAACAAAAGUUUAAUUCAGAAAUCAAACAUCAAGUCAGUUUUAAUUAAUCAGUCUCAUAUCUUAAGUCGAAAUUCUAAUUUCAGGGACUCCACUUCUGGAAGAACACUAACAGACAGGAACUUAGAAAAAUAAUGAUCUGUUUAUUACAGGAUAAAUGAUGGUACAACACACAUGCAAUAAAUGAUGAUAAGAUAAUGAAGAUAGAUAAUAAUAGGUGAAUAAAUAAAGAUUCUGAGUCAGGCUAGGAGCACUAAAGUUAAUGAUAGUGAGUGAAUAUGCGCUAACAUAUUAACCUACACUAACUUUGGUGUCGAGAUAAACUCGGGUGUAGAUUUGGAGGAAUCUAAGAUCACCAGAAAUAGGUGGAUAUCUGAGUUAUGAACGCGUGAGACAGCAUCAGCCCUCUCUGGAGCUCUGGAGGUUUGCAUACUUAAGUGAGACUGGUCCUUGGAGAAGGUGGAGCAGGUUCCGAAGGUCAGGGGCUACUGGCGGUUCGAGCGGUUCAGCUCAGAAGACAACUGAAGUCAGCCGAAGGAUGAGCCAGGAGUUGCAGCACUCGGGCCCGAAGCAAAGCCAGCGCCUGUGGAUCCUGUGGAUGCUCGUUUGGGUACUUCUUUGGUCUCACUCAAAAACUCUGGCACAGAGGAUGACCUGGGCCUGCUGGGUUGCGUUCAGAGGUGACUUUGGAAUCUCAGAAAAACGAGGCUCGAAGAGCAGAGAAAACUUUCAAAAAUGGCUUCGCGAAAUUAAAGAAAAAUCAAUCAAAGGCUUAAUCUUGAAUUGCUAUGCGCACAAAAAGUUGAAGUUUCAAAACUUGAACUAAGACGAUGUUAAAGAAAAAUCAACGUGAAUCAACACGUGGCGUAAAACUUAGAAGACUAAGAAAAAGUUCUAAGAGAAAACAAAGAAACGCACCACAGAAGGGUGUGGGCAGAAGAGAAGGGGCAUAAGAGCCGGGGACAAGAGAGUCAGCAGAAGAGCAGAAGCAUAAGCGGAAUAAGAGGAAUAAGAGUAAUAAGCGAGUGAGCAACCCCACUCCACUGGUUUUAUCUUCUCACACUGGGAGUGUCUGAGGAGAAAAAGGAGGGGUCAUCGGGUCUCUGAUUAUUUGAUCUAACUUAUUCUUUUGGCUGGUAAAAGAGUCAGAUCUGAUACUCACUCACUAUGAUUAAUAUCAUUGAAUGCUUGGUUUCAUGAUAAAUAAUUUGAUACUAAACACAUAUGAAUGAAGUGUAGGAUCACAUCAAACAUUCUCAUUAUGUUUUAAGUAUCACAUUGAACAUGCUAAAUUACUCUGAAAUGAAACAGAUAGUAACACAUAGAAACUGUGAACAACAAAAGAGUAAACACAUGUGAAUGAACGUCAUCAUGAUUAAUAAUGGAUUCUAAAUACUCACAUUCAGAUUAUUCAGUGACAUUAUAACCACCUAAUGGUUAAGAUACUAAAUAAAUAACUAAAAUAUAAACCAAACAUUUCUAAACUAUUUCUGUUACUUAGAGUAAACUUAGGAUUCAUAGUCAAUAAAUUUAACUCUUAAAAGUUCAUGAAACAGUCUGAAAAGCUGUUGGUCUAAAGAACUAAAGAAUAAGGAUUUAUUCUGUCAGAUAAGAUAACUUGGCUUCUGAAGCACAUAGAAAAACGGGAAACAUCUCAUUUUAACACAAAUUUCAUGAUUAGACAGAUUAGUACAUUGCUGAAUGCGUAAGAUGUCAUGAUCAGUCAUUUGUAUUCUUUCACCAAAGGAAUGCAGUCUUUAUCAGUGUAUGGUCGAGCAGGGUUUUACAACCGAGGUCUGGAGGUCAGUGUCCCCCCUUAUCCUGGGGUCCGUAUGUUCACACACUUUAAGACGCUAAAUCUCAAAUGGGAGAUCUGGGUUGAGACGUUAAUGUUUAUUUAGAUGGUCAGUAAUGGAGUCAGUUUGAAAGGUAAUAAAACUCUGUCUCUGUUCGCCGCACUGACCAAUCCUGAAGAGUCAGAGGUUUAGUCAACCUCCGGUUGGGUCACUUAUUUAACCUGAAAGUGCAAACACGUCUGGAAAGAUUUAUAUCCUGUUUCCUGGGACCAGAUAAGGAAACUUUCCUGUAAGGAAUGUGUGGGUUUCACAUCCAGGGUUGUCUUGAUUGCUACACAUGAUAUAUGACAUCAUAUGAUAAAAUAUAAAAUGAUCAAUGAUACAAUAUGAAACUAUUAUAUAAUAUAUUAUGAUAUGAUAUAUGAUAUGAUAUGAUAUAUGAUAUAGGAGUUAAUAUAAUAUAAUAUAAUGUAAUAUGAUCUGAUAACUGCUAUAUGAGUUGAUAUUGUGUUAUAUAUGAUUUAUGAUAUGAUAUAUGAUCUAAUGUGAUAUAGUAAAUGAAAUGAUAUGAUAGACUAUGAUAUUAUAUACUAUGAUAUGAUAUAUGGUUUAAUAUGAUAUGAUUUGAAAUAUGAUAUAUGAUUUAACAUGAUAUUAUACAUGAGUUAAUGUAAUAUGAUAUAUGAUCUUAUAUGAUAUGAUAAAUGAAAUGAUAUGAUUUACUAUGAUAUGAUUUGAUAUCUGAUAUGAUAUGAUAUGAUAUGAUACGAUAUGUGUUAUUGUCAUAAGGCAGGUGAUACAGGCCGGUUAGCCCUAACAGAUGGUCACAUGGUCAAAUGUCACAAAACACAGCUUUUGCAUGCUCUCUCUGAUGGGAAGCCUGCUAAGAUCUGGCAGAGCUCGCUCUGUUGUGCGUCUGUGUGUGGUACACAUACUGAGAUAAAUGCCAAAACUCACAACACAGCAUUAUUGACCACUGUAGGAUUUAUACAGGAACCUUGUACUUGUUUCUUUCAGGGUAGAUUAUGUAGAAACAGUAACUUACCGUUAAAGACAGUGCCUGGAGUAGCAGUGACACUUGUGGGUCUGCUAAUGAAGUCUCCUGGAACAGUCAGGUGGUUUGCUAUUGUGCUUCAAUCGACUCUGAUUCCUUUUUUAUGGGUCAACUUAACCUGCUGAGGUUUUUUCACUGAGCGCCAGAAAUAUAUGUGGCUUAAUUAACUCUUGGCUGGGCUGGAGUAGAUAUAUGUCAAAGUGGCCCAUAUAGUAGAACCUAGCUGAACUGAUGCUCAGAAUGAGUUUCACCUGCUUUGGUCUGGACCUCCUUACAGGGCUGUAGAUAUGUAGACUUGUCAUGUUAGUAUUUAAAAACUUAAAGACUAGAAAGUUUAAGCUUUCACUAUGUUUUAUACCUCUUCUCAAGGUGUAACAAAACACAUCUUUCUACCCUUUGAUAACAAAUACAAACAAAUCAAAAUGCAGCUUUACAUCUUUGGCAUCGACUUUGUCUUAUAACUAUAAUUUGCAGAUCUGUAUUUGCAGCUAGUCUGCUGAGGCUCUCUCCAUUACAUACUGUCCAACUCCCAGUUACUUCAAAGGUCAACACUGUCAAAACAGAGCUACUGGUCCAUUGCGGACAGCGUUGUCCAAGUCUGGCCGAAGUUUGGAAGAACAGCCAUGCUUUUGUAAAUAUCUCAAAUGUUUCACAGCCCGUCAUGGUUUAUUUCUUCUAGAGGUGCUGCAGAGCCAAGUGGAUGAGUUUCAAAGGAGCACACAUGAUCAUUCAUGGAUGUGCCAGUCCUGCAACUAUUUGCUGGUUGAUUGUGUUGAGUCUUAAAUGUUAAGUUUUUAACCUCCAUUUUAUCAUCCCAGAAAUCAUUUAACUGAUUUACUUUGGCAUACUUAGUUAUUGUUGCUUCUGCGUUCUUGAUAGAGGAGGGUUGGUUCAGCCAGGCAGAGCAAAGUGUGUUUUCAUUCCGUGGUUAUGAUAGACAUCUGCAGAUGCCACACCUUAUGUUACGGGGGAGGAGGCUCUGGAUCAGUGCGUUUUCUUGCGUGUUCCUGUUUAAGUUGGGUGUUUGUUCCACACUAUUGAUGUCAAAGCUCUGUUUAUAUUCAUUCAUUUAAAAACUAGACCACUUCCCAGGAGAAUCUCAUUCUCUUGUCCUCUUUUAUUCUUUCUCUGCAGUCACAUCUUUUCACCCAUUAACUCGUUUCCUCCCUCCUCUGUUUACUUCAACGUUCCCCUCCUCUUUCCAACCUUUCCUUACCUCCUUCUCGUUCUUCCUCCACCUCCCUCUGUUUCCCCGCUCCUUCUCAAGGAGCUGGUACUUCUUUCACACACAAGCACUCACUAGUUCACUUGCACCCACUCACCACUUCUUGCCCACUCGCACACGUACGUUUGAACUUGUUAGCUUAGUCAUUUCCUUUCCGUUUCACUUUUGCCUCACUCCCGUGGCAAACUACCUUCAAAUCCAUACUAUAAAGUUACAUAAUCAGAUCAGAGCUCGAUCAGUGAAUUUCACUCUGUUAUGGAUGAAGAAUAUUUCCCCAGUAGUUGUCAUGAACACCCUUAUACACAUUCAGUGACCACUGCAUAACUGCAUCUUGAACCAGAAGAAUCAUGAAGUUACAAUAAUCAAUAAAAACAACUUAAAGCUCCAGUGGGGAACUCAAAAUUUGUGUCAACUUUGGCGCCCCCUGUGGACGAGGCAGUGUUUUUCAGCUGCUUGGCUAACACCUACCCUCUCGCAUCGGUUUCAAGCAUUUAAAAUUAUGAUAUUCAAGUCGUCUAUCUUGUUGCUGGUGGUUUUGUUUUCUUUUUUAUAUCAUGAAAAAGCACCAGUGUGAAUUUCACUCAGUCAAACAAACUCCCCACAGGAACUUAAAGGAACCGUUAGCGACAAAAUAAAACCGCUGCAUGUAUCAGCAGUCAUUGGAAAGACUCUGCUACAAAAUGAGGGUAAGUGUUGAGACGUUACUUGUGACUUAUCUUGAUAAAAUGAAGCAAAAAUGGUGAGAAAAUAUACCUGAACAGUUGCUCAAGAGUCAUUUAAGUAUGUAAUCUGUCUGUUCCUGGUUAAAACCAUUAAGGAACAAGACUUGUAACUUGCUCCAUGCUGCACUCUCUCUCUCUCUGUCUCUCUUCACUUUCUGUGUGGCUUCGUCUCAUACGCUUCGUCCUCAUUGGUGUUCGGCGGCUUCUUCUUCGUUAGUGUUCGGUUGCUAUUUAUUCCGGCAUUGGAACUUGGAAUCAAAAUUUAAAAAUUUGAACGGUUCCUGGAGAAUCGGAAUGUUAGUCCCGGUCCCCAUCGACGCUUGAGACUCGAUGCCCAACCCUAGUCUCCAUAAAAGAGUCCAGUCUAGCUUUUUUGUGUCUUGUGAUAAGAUAACAUGACGAGUAUCAGUCAUCAUAUUUAAUCCAAAGGUGGUGAAUUGUAGUAUGUUCCUUUAAGACCACAUGUGGUGUCCUCUGAAGAGUCAGCAGCCUCAACGAUGAUCCAGUGAUGUACAAGUAAAUGUCAACCGUGAAGGAGUUGGCUUCUUCUCACCAACACCCUUAAGAGCAGUGGGGGGGCAAAGCAAUGCAUGUGAGUGAUAUAGAGGGUUAUUUAUUGUUUACUUGAUCUGAGCACAGAGUAGGCUAAAAGGAUUUCCUAAAGACCUCACAAGGGACAAGGACAGCAAAUUAGCCAUGGAUUUUCUCGCUUAUUUAUGUUUUAUCCCCCUCUCUAGAGUCUGGGUUAUCCCUCAAUGUGAAGUAAGAAAUGGGAACAUGACAGGAGUGUGGAUCCAUGUUUCCAUUUUUGAACUGGGGUCUGGGCCAGAUCACACCUUCCCGUGUUUGCUUGGCACCGACGCUCCACAGGGCCACUUAUGUAAAAACACUGUGGGUGUGUUUGGGCGUGCAAGGAUGUCUCUGUAUGUGACAUCUCUCUUGCUGUAAGAAACGGAGGAUGACUGCUAAAGGGAUUGGAAAGCAUUAGUCUGUAAAUGGUUAGUUUUGUAAUGACGCCCCAGCCUCCUCAGUGUUUGUUUUGUAUUAUCACAGAGAUCAGAUUAUGGAGGAAAAAUAGGCAAGCAUAAAAGUGGGAGUAACUCUGACAAAGCCCAAACUGUGUUGGUUAAAGCGUGGUUUUAUGGCUGCAUUUCUCCACAUCUUUUUCCAUGACACGUUCCGUUUUGUUUUCUACUUGUUUGUAAUUGAAGUUUCUCCUGAUAUCAUUUCUUAUUUUUGUCCCCGACAACCCGGCCACGACUCCAACUCACCCAAAAACGUCUUUGCCCACCACAUCUAAAAAUACCCUGUUAGGGGAUUGAGUAUGUGAUGUUGCCUGCGUCUGAGCAGCGCGGUGCACAGCCGAGGAAACAAAACAACAACGCAACUAAACAAUUUCGUCUCGUCUCGUUUUAGUCAACAAAAAUGAAGAGAUAUUUUAGCAAAGUUUUUAUUUUGUGAACCACAUUUGGUUUUGGUUUUAUUCGUCAACAAUCUUGCAUGAUAUAUUUAGCUAUAGUUAUCGUCACAAGAACACCAUUUACGUUUCGUCAUGUGAUAAAGGUUCGUUGACGACGAUAUUUUGUCAUAAUUUUCAUUGACGAAAGCAACACUAUUAUUAGACGGGGUCCUUUUCAGUCUGCAAAAAAAAAAUCUUAAAUACUUCAUCGUUUGGAUAAUACUUAUUAUCCUUAUUCUGCUUCUCUUUACCUUUUGCCGACUGUUUAAAUGUAGCUUUUGCAUCUUCAAGAUAAGUUUCUUAUUCAUGUAGAAAAACUAAAUCAAAACUUUUCCCCAGGAAUGAUCUUUUUGUACCAUAUUGUUCCGUGUUUACCCAUAUUCAUGAUGCAUUUCUGUCUAAUUUCAGUUUGUCUUUGAAUAUUUUUCCCUUGACACUGCCAGAUGAAAAGCUAGAAAGCAGAACCAAAGCUGGCAAAGUGCUUUGAGAAGACGCACAAGCCGAAAAUGAAUCUUCACAAUGGGGUAUUUCAGGUUGUUGCCUGCCUUUAUUCUGCUUCUGCAAUUUAGCUUCCUGACGUUAAUAAGACUUUUCAGACGACUUAGAGUGUGUGAGGAUGGAUGGAGGAGGAAAAACCACAAUCAUCAGACACUAAGAAAGCUCAUGUUCAGUCUUUUAGUGAGUGUCUUUUUCUUGGCUUUGGAAGUCAGGGUCGUUUAUAUCAUUUGACUCCAGACAGUUUUCAGAAAAGUGGUCAGAAACUUGAUCACUUUUCUUUCUUCAGGCUGUUCCUCACAUGGCAGGACUCAUCAGAACAAACUCUUUACUGUGUGUGUAACAAUCAGUAAAAUACAGACUGGAGAUGGGAAAACAGCAGGCUGCACCGUCGAGAAUAGAAAUAAGCUUUUACCCCCACUGCUGCUCAAACAUGCUUUUUUUUUCUUCUUAUUUAUUCCAGCUUUGAACAUGUCCACAGCAGGUGUGUGCAUUUGUGCCGACUCAGCACAUGCGAUUGUUUUUAGGUGUAAAAGUCUGCAGCCAAAUUAAGCCGUCCGUCAUUGAUAUCACCUGCCAAGAGUUUAAAACCAAAUUUAUUACCGUCACAUUUUUCAUUUUUUUUAGUCUCCCUGGAUGCCAUGGCUUAAAAAAACCAGAGCGUUAUUAUGUAAAUCCCCCAAAUGAAUGUCUUUUAAAGAGAUGAGAAGCAGAGAUGCUAAUUCGGAGGAGCCUGUAGAGACACGGACCGGCACACAAUGGAGGAGAAAUCUUAUUUGGCUUUUUUCUUUUAAUGAGUAAUAUUUUCUUUGUUUGCAUUCUCUCAGGGUUAUUUGAAUCUGCUGCAUUCGGUUUUAGAAGCUUGUGUAGAUCUGCGCAUACCUCAAGGGGCGAGAGACAACACUUUUCCUCUCACUCGAGCGCAUCAUUUCCAUAACCACACUUUAAAUAGAAUUCUGCAGAUGUGAUGCUGUUGCCAUCAUGUGCUUAUAUAUAUUUUUUUCCCUCUCAUACAGACAUCCAGUUAUAAUAAAGUGGGAAAUGGACCCCGUGCAGGUGUUUGUAUUGUCAAACACAGCCUGUUUAGAGCUGUGUUGAUGAUGAUUGGAACUCUAGAGCUGUGAGCAUGAGAAUACAGACCCAAAGACUGAUAAAGUGCUGUUGAAAGGGAGUAGCAAGAGACUAUUUAUAGCUGAUCAGAACUGUCUCCAGAUCAGUUGCUGGUACUCAAGCAGAGAGCCCAGGGAGGGGAAUGAGUGGUUGGCUCUUCAGAACAGAGGCUGGACUUGGUUUGGUUUGUUUUUUCACCAUUUUUUCUAACUUGAUAUCUUUAUAUUGUUCUGUUCUAAAGAUCUUUGCAAGAAGUAGCUGAUACUCCCAUCGCCUCAAAUAAGUCACCAGGUCUAGCUGAGUUUUAUGGGGCAUCCUGGGAUAAGCUUGGCCCGUUACUUUGGGAAAUGAUAAAGAGUGCUUUCUCAAAGGGGGUGAAUGUAGCUCUGAUUUCUUUGCUUCCAAAAAAAGAUCCAACUGUGACUGUGCAGCUGAGUCUAUGAAACACAGAUUACACCCCUCCUAUGUUAUAGAUGCUUUGGCAGACAAAAAAUACCCCAAAACAGUUCUUUCCAAUGUUACAAUGAAAGCUUUUGAUAGACUUGACUGGUCCUUUCUAUGUCUCUAAUGGGAACUAUGGGUUUUGUGGAGGUCUUGAACGCAAAUGCAUCAGCUCUGGCGCUUAUAGUGGGCAGUUAGCUUCAACACUUCCCCCUGUCACUGGAUCCUCUCGCCCAAUUAAUUCCACUUUCGAACUCCUUCUGUCUGUAACACUAACUCCCAGGUGGAGUUAUAUGCUGAUGAUGUAUUUGUCUAUCUGGAAAGCCCUGCACAUUCAUGCAGCUGACAGUAAAACUGGGCAGAGCACAUCAAGCUUUGUGUUGUAUCAUGUUAGAAGAGAUGCAACAAAGUGGUCUCCUCUUGGUGUGACAACCAGCUAAGCUAAAACUGUUUAUUAUCCUCUGUCCUUACGUCCUACAGGUACUACAGUGCCACCAUCCUGCAGAUGUCAGGAGUGCGGGACGACAGGCUUGCAAUCUGGCUGGCAGGACUCGCCACCCUCACCAACUUCCUGUUCACCCUUUUGGGAGUUUGGCUAGUAGAGAGAGUGGGGCGCAGGAAGCUCACCUUAGGCAGUAUCGUAGGUACGUAACUGAAACGUUCUUCUUUAGGAAGUACUUCUCAUUGCAAAUUUUACAUGGAAAAAAGUUUUUCACAGGUACGUGUUUGAGCUUGGGUCUCUUGGCCGUCGGGUUUCUGAUGUCUGCCCAGCACAGCCCUCCUGUCACCUUCCAUCCACUGGACCCAUCUUUGGCCAAUAUUACCUGCUCCAAAUACCAGUAAGUAUCCAUCAACCAACCAUAGCUGCUCAGAGAUGCUUCACCUAUCGUGAAAUUUCAUUUGAGAAAGCCUUCAUCCUGCGUUUCCCCUUACUGAAUUAUUAACUGCUUGAAUCAGUCACCAUAGCUGCGACACUGUGAGGGGGUCGUGUAAAUAUUGUUUUUGUCUGUGUAACUUAAUUAUCUCCUGAGCUUUUAGGCCAGAGUGGAGCACAGUGUCAUUAUAGUCUCAACUGCCAACAAAGGGCAAACACACACAGGACCUCAUCAGAUGACUCUAUGUCCCAUUUUAUUCUCGCUAACACAAAAGCUAAAACUCGUGUGUAAUGAUGGUCUUUCAUCAGAACAACAAACAGUCUCUAAUGGCCUUGCUGUCCAGCCCCCACACAAUAUACACAUACCACUACGCACACAAACACAACGCUAAAAUGAAGAGAUGAGUGCUUUUACCACACUGUAGUGGCUUCAUUGAGUUCACUUUACUUUAUAUGUGCCCACACAUCAUCUUGCUGACCAAAGCAGCAUCAUAGAGGCAUCACACCCACCACAGGCCUUUCAAGUCCAGUGUGGAUUAGAUGUAUAAUUGUAGAGUUAUUCUCGGGUUGUCUGCUUCGGAGUUUUUAUGUAUGCCACAUGCAUGGAUUAAAUUCCCUUCCUUGCAUUACAUGUAAGAUCAGUACUUCCUGUGAUUUAAUAUGAAAGAAUUGAUCCCUGUGCAUGUGCUUUACCAAGGCUUCCUCCCACAGUCCAAAGACAUGCUUGCAUGGUUGUUUGGUGGUCCUAAAUUGUAGGUGGGUUUGGUAGUUUGUCCAAGACUUUAUAAGAAAUAGAGGAAAUCUGGUAAAUUGACGGAGUGUUUUUGGUAAGUCAGCCAAUUCCACUUAAAUCAAUCAAUCAUUCUUUAUUUGUAUAGUGCUAACACAACAAAAAGACCAGACUUUUGCUGCGUUCUAGUUACCUCGGAAGUCAGAUGUCGGAGCUGAAAAUGAUGUCACACCUGAGUUACCAGCGUUUCAGUUACCAAGUUGGAAAAAAACAAAAUCAGAAGCGGAAACAAAUGGCUACAUCUAGUAAAGUUAUUUUAGCACUUUCAUUGUCCUUACUUAUUUUUGGACAAGGCAAGUACCAAAAUAACUUAGCCAUCUUGUUUUUUGCUUUUUUCCGACAUGGUAAUUGAAACGCUGGGAACUCGGGUGUGAUGUCAUUUUCAGCUCCUGCAUCUGACUUCUGUGGUAACUCAAACACAGCAUAACUUUUCAUAGAUGUAGCCAUCUUGUUUCCGCCUCCGAAUUUGCUCUUUUCAGACUGGGUUACUAAAACGCUGGUAAACGCUUGGGUGUGGUGUCAUUUUCAACUCCGACAUCUGACUUCAGAGACUGUCUCGAAAGCAGGAUUUAUUUACAGAGACCUGAUAUAAAGAUUGAGCUCCAUCUUGUUAGAUCUGACUCACUCCCGUCGUCAUCUUCAACCACGAGUGUAGCACUUUGUAGCAUUAAACAAGUUACAGCGAAGAGGAAAAAGUUCCUUUUACAGGCAUACAAACCUCGAACAGAACCAGUCUGUAUCUGCAGCUACUACAUUAGGUGUAGUCGGGGGAUAGAAAGAGCAAGAUGGACAGAGGUAAGAUUGAUGAAGGUAGUUGAAGUAGCUGGAAAGCAGGCAGGUCCAAAACAUCUGCAGCAAUGAUCCAGAGGAACCUAUGGCAUGAUGGACCUCAAGGACACCCAGAAAAGACUGUGUAUUAGUGACUCUAAUGAGACAUGAUGAUUCAAAGUUAAUGACACGGACACAAAGAGGACGAAAAAGGAGGGAAAGGUGCUCAAUGAGCCAGAACCCAUAGCAGUCUCAACCUAUAGCAGCUUAGCUAGUGUAUGAGCCAAUAUUAUGGUGUGCUAAUGUUCAUUAUGUCUGCUGUUUACCUUACAGAUGGUGUGAGCCCUGCAUGCUGGACCCAGGAUGUGGUUUCUGUUACCGUGAGAAUGGCUCAGCACUCCUCACCUCCUCCUGUGUUCCAGUCAAUAAAGCUACCACUGAGCAGGCAGCAUGGGGCAGGUGAGUCACAGGAUGUUGUAUGGAGAUGUGAACGUGUUACGGAUGCAGCGGCUGGGCCGGGGUUGAGUUUGUAGUGGAAAAACUUCCUGACGGAAUAUUACCAAAUUGUAGCGAGAAGUUUACAUCACAUCCAGCCUAAUCUGAAAUGACACUUCACAGAUUGAAAGGUCAAGAGUGAAUAACAUGCCAGUGGGUGUGUCCCUCUUCCAGAUGCUCCAACUCCAGUCUGAUGAAAGAUCAGACCUACUGGGCGUAUAACUACUGUCCCACCUCCUACUCUUGGCUAGUUUUACUGGGGCUGGUGUCCUACCUGGCAGCUUUUGCUCCAGGUGAGUGUUCAAACCUGAGUUUUCUGACUCUACUGUGUACUGUCCCCUUUGUAUUUGAAUCAAAGAUUGUCAUUUUUCUGUCAUUCAUGAGUUUAAGUUAACUGCUUCUGUCAUUAUUUGUAUUUACAGUUCUGCUGAUAUGUUGUUCCCUCAUUAAAACGCCAGAAAAAAAACAAUGAAGGGUUUACAGAUAUCUCUAAACAACUUUCAUUUGCUGCAGACCAAUGAGUCAUUCAGUAUAAAAGCGAGAUCCAAAAUAGCUCCUGAAUGGAGCUUUAGAUAAGAUUAUUGCUGACGUUAAUAUUUAGCUCUAAGCACCACCAUUGCUAAUCCUGGUCCCACAGAGCUCACGGCAGAUUUGCAGAUGUUAAGUCUUCUUUAAUGUUAUCUAAGUGUUGGAAAAAUCAUUUCUGAAGCUUUGUGCUGCCACUUUAAUUUGAACUUGCCCUUUAUUUUUCUCUCAGGGAUGGGUCCAAUGCCGUGGACAAUCAACUCAGAGAUCUACCCUUUAUGGGCAAGGAGCACGGGGAACGCAUGUGCAGCCGGAGUUAACUGGACCUUCAACAUCCUGGUGUCUCUCACUUUCCUCCACAUGGCGCAGUAUUUCACUUAUUACGGUCAGUUUUAUGACAACAGAAUUGCACCGUAAAUCAAGCCGCGCUCUCCUGCCAGAUGCUAUAAAUGGCAGCUGUGAAUGCUCUCUGUCUUCAUCCAGUCCUGUCAAUCCUAAUGAAACCUCCCCAGCAGAUCUUUUACAUCAUUUCCUCGUCUCCAGCGAGCUGACUGACAACCCCAAGAUGUUGCCAACUAUUCUCCCGAUUGUCCUCCAUACCUCCUCAGUCAUUGUGCUUCAACAGCAGGUUCCUCCUCAGACAGGAAGGAACUGACCUUUUUACAGAGCUGGUAAUCAAUCCAGCGAGGGUGAUCGUGGAGUCAUCCUGAGAUGUGGCAGGUUCAUUAUCAGUUCGAGCCCUUUUUUUUCCAGUCAGGCGGUGUAUUUUUAUUCAACAGCAAUGGAAAACAAUGUCACAACUGAAAAAAUAUGAUAUCAGAGAAAUGGAAAUGGUCAUUCUGCUUUGGGGGUUAAAAAACUGAGAGAGCCAGUCUCAGGAAAUCUCAUUAAACCUCUGUCAGUGUGUUUCUGUGUGAAUUCUUGUUUGUCAGUACAUUUCUCGUUGUAGCAUACCCUUGAUAUAAUGCCAUGCUGACAGGUGCAUAUUACUCGUACUUUGAGAGAACAGCGACAAGCAGCUAGAAAGAUAUAUUUCAAUUUGUCCGUACGUUUCCAUUUGCCAGUGAACCCUUGUUCAUUGAUGUUGGGUGGCAGUCACAUCUAAUAUAAGCUGCCCUCAGGAUCUGCCGUCACCAUCAGUGUUUCGUUUUCCUCGAUAAAUUAGAACAGAACUUGUAAAUAACAAGUGACACUGCUUUCAAAAACUGCGACUGUGUUGCUUGUGUCAGUGGGUGGCUGUCCUAAAUGACACUCUGCUCUUUUUUUCUUUCAUCUCCCCAGGAGCUUUCUUCCUCUACUCCAGCUUGGCUUUGCUGGGUUUCUUUUUCACGUUCGGGUGCCUGCCAGAAACAAAAGGCCGACGCCUGGAGGAGAUAGAAGCGCUGUUUGAAAACCAGCUUUGUUCCUGCGGCGCCUCCGAUUCAGACGAGGGGAGGCAGGUUGAAUACAUCCGAGUCAAAGGGUCAAACUACCAUCUAUCAGACAACGAUGCGUCUGAUGUGGACUAAAGUGUUUUUGUGUUGGUAGAAUCAUUUCAGGUAUUUCAUUCACUUUGGUGAUAACUUCAAGAUGCAGGGUAGUCAUGUCUGUUAAUAGUUUUCUUUGUCCCAGCUUACACAGGGACAAAGAAAACCAUUUUAAGGUAAUGAAGUACACUGCUUCUUAGGUCUCUGCUUGUUUUAAAAGUGUUAUUGAGUUCACUUUCAAUUCAGGAAUCCAAAAUCAAUCACAAUGCUUUGGCGGCUACCAGACUGAGUAAAUACACUUUACGUUUAACCUGUGCUCUACACUGAAGGCAAACUGACUCCAUUUGCACUCAGUGGUCAAUCAUGUCAUAAAUAUCACCAUUUUCACACGCAGACACGCAGUAUCAACAAAACACAAGGGACUCCUGCGUCUCUCAUGACCACCGAUGAUAACAUGCUCUACAAGUAUUAACUAACAACAUUAUAAUUUAGCAUUAUGUUGGAGAAAGUUUCCGGUGACCGUUCUUUUUAAAAGGUUCAUAAAUGUAGUCCAAGAAACCAGGUUUAUGCAUCCGCAGUUGUCAAUUAAAAUGACCAUUAUGCCUUUACAAAUGAAAGAAAUCUCAGUUCAAUGUCCCCAACGCUUGUAGUGUAGCACAGUAAUGUCAGUUUGUCACCUGGUAAUAGUCGUGGUUUGUGGUUUUUGUGAUAUUUCGUAUGAAAACAACCCCAGAGAUGUACAGUGAGUUUGAAACACUUGAAAUAGUAGUUGGUGCCUAAGUAAAACUUCUCACCAAUCUAGUAGCACUAUAAGGAAAGAGUCCUGAUGCUAUUCAUUAUUUAGUUGUCAGAAUAAUAACCCCUAUCUGUAUAAUUUGAUUUGUACAAACUAAUCUCUUCACCAUUUCACUUUUCAGGCUUAGACUAUGAAGAGUUUGUGUCACUCUGAGGCUAGUAAGACAAAACCCAAACAGUGAACCUAACGUAUGUUCGAUGUCCAUAUGCGCCAUGAAGCAUAGACGGUGGUCGACUGAGGUCACUUCCUCGCUGAGACUUGUAAUUAAGUAUUUCAUCAUAUCUUGAACAUUAUAUUAGUGCCUGUGUUUGUGAAGGUGCCUAAAGGCCAUUUUUGAGUCCAAAUCCCUGAAAAGGAUGUAUUCUGUCAUGUAUGUUAUGAAAAGGUCUGCACUGCAAAGCUUUUUAUUUAUUAGACUUGUACAUAACUGCAUCUUCACCGACGAAAUAUUAUUUUUUUACUUUAAUUUGAUGUAUUUAGAUUUUUGUCUUCCUCCAUAGCCUUAUGUACAAAUAGCAGAGAAUAUCUUUUUAUGUAAGUUCUCGUGUUGAGUCCAAGAGUAGGAUUUAGGGUUAUUUGCAAUGUCGUUUUGUAAAUUUGUACCACCGUGUGAGGUAAAAUCUGUUAGUCUGAAGCACAUGUGUUUGUGUAGCAAAACCUACUAAAGUAGACCACGUGGUAUCUUUGCAUAAAAAUACAGAAUAGGUGGACAGGACGUUACAAAGCUGAGCUGCAGGAAGGAACAGUUCUCUAUUUUGAUACAUUGGUCCUGAUCAACGAUAAAUUAGUGUGAUAUAUAACCAAAGGAGCUGUAUAUCAAAUGUAUUGACCUAUCAAAGUGGAAUGAAGCGCUCACAUCAAGUAUUGUGAUAUGUUUUGCUUUGUCAACCUGGUGUCACGUAAGAAUAUUAUCAGUUUAAUAACCACAUUAUUCCUCUUAAGUGCCACAGUAUUAAAAUCACAACCCCUGACAUUAUAACAAAAACUCUGAUUAUUGGUUUUUCCCCAAAUAGGGCGAUGUUGUGCUGAUUUUUCAACUUGGGGAUGCUGAUCAUUUGUUUGUGGCAUGCUGUGAUGUUGCCUUGAGAACAGUCACUGGUUUUCAUUUAUAUUAUAGAGCCGAUCUCUCUGACGGAUCAGAGAUUAGUGAAAAGGUGAGAGAAAACUAAAUUAUUGUUCAAAAUGUGAAAGACUGGCUGUAUUCCAAGGACGGUUGUCUCUGAACCACAGAAACUAUUGUUGUGCUGAAAAUAUAAUUACAGGAAACAGAAGGAUCCUGAUAACACUGACAGCGUCCUGAAAGUUGCAUUGACCAGCUGUUGAAGAUAACUGUGUGAGGCUGCUCUGUGUUCAAACUUUAACAUCCACUUGAUUGAUUUUCGCCCCUACAACAUCAAGAAUACUAAAUGUGUACUUAUGAUAAAGCAGUUGUGAUUUUUUUCAAUGUGAACCAACUAUCUGUGUUUCUACAUUUUACCAGGAAUGACAAAAAUACAAAGUAAAGUGACGUAGGAUAUAUUUCAUCAAUGUUCAUGCUGUAAAUGUUUUGCUAGAGUUUAUAUUCUUAAGAAAAAAAACACCUUCAUGACACCUCAAUAUGUACGUAUAUUGGGAAAGAAAUAAACUUAUGAACCAUA